CUUUUCCAAAGGCCCAAUGGCCUUGCCCCUUUGGGAGAUUGACUAGGGUCACAUGGUCUCACUCAUGGGCAGGUAACUUAGGAAGAAGAGGAGAAGAAAAAGAUUUUUUCCCCCUCCUUGAUUAACCAAAGCUGGGUUUCCUGCCAUGAUGUCAGAAGGAGAGAAGCCUACCGCUUGUUAAUUUCAUCCCCCAGUCUGACCUAGGAAGUAAGAGAAGCACCUCAUCAAGGAAGGUACAACUGCAAAACAGAAUCUCUCCUUAAAUAAUUUAUUUUGGUCUUAGCUACCUCUCCCUGCCCCCCUUCCCCAUAGUUCUGGCUCUUCUAAUAUUGUCCUUUUUAAUCUCCACUUUGAUCACUUGGAGGAAAGGGGCAACCCUUUAUUUGUGGGGGUUUGUGUUGGGUUUGUUUUAUACUCGAUCUCUCUCUCUCUUUCUCUCCCUUAUUUUUUUCCCUUUGUUUUGUUGUUCUUUUGUUUUUUACCUCUGCUUUUGAUUGUAGCUGUUUCCCCCCCUGUGGUCAUGACGGCUGCUUCUCCGCACAGUGACUCUCUGGUGGUCUUGUUUGGGGCAACAGCUGGUGCAUAUGGGGCUAAGCUGGGUUCCGAUGAGAGGGAACUAAUUCUCUUGGUGUGGCAAGUUGUGGAUCUACACAGCAAGAAGGUAUGGCUUCCCAAACUCUUGGUACAAAGUUGGGUGACGUGCAAAAAGGAAAUGAGAAAACAGCAAAUGCAGACCUACCCAAACUUGCCUGAGAGUAACAUUCCCUCUCUUCCCCCCCCCCUCCACUCCAAAGCUGAGAAGGGCUAAGUAUCCCUCUUCUCCAAAAAUCUCCGUAGGUGGGGGAGCAACUUGAAUAGUUUGACCACCUACAUACAUACACAUAUGCACUCUUAUGAAAUGGGGAACUCACUUGCUUCAAAAUUGUCCUUAAAAUUGAUUGAUGGAGGGGAAAAUCUAGACUACAAAAGUGUUAUCUCCCCCACUCCAGCUAAUUUUUAUCUGUUAGGCUUUAAAUGCCAAAAGCUUUUGCUUCUUCUAGAAGUUGAGCCUUUUCCUCAUUUGGGGUAUUUGGUGUGUGUUGUGUAUUUUUUUAUUUUAUUUUAAAUCAGGCCUGCAUGUUGCUUCUGGGACCUAUCGCUUUAUAUGGGAAUCGAACCCAGGGAGGGGGACUUUCUGUGUGCAUUAAGAGCAACUUGGUCAAAUCUCAUUCCCUCCCCGCCUUCAUUCUUACACCCUAUGUCAAAUAUUAAUAGCUAUUUAACAAGCAAAAAAGCUGCCCAGUUGUCAAUAUGGCUGAGCCCCUUAAUGAGAGUGUUGCAGGGUGACCUGAUUGCCCAUGAAAACCAGCCAGUUCUGAUGGGAUAAACAUAACUCCUCUCAUCAGGAUUAUAUAAGAAUUGCAGCCAAGUCCCUUUUUCAGGGGAAGGGAGCAAGUCUCCCGAGGAAGAGAGCAACCAAGGAGUGAACAAAAUCUUGGAUUUUGUGAAAUUGGCAAAAUCUAACCUUUUUAAAGAAAUUAUAAGGCAGAUUCCCUUAAACCAUUGUGCUUUUCUUUUAACACACAUGCAUGUGUGCAUACCACCCUGUUCCAUUUUCUUACUUUUUCUUCUCCCUCCAACCCCCCCCCCCCAUUCCCACUUUGUUAAAUAUUUUCAGUUAGGGACGCUGCACAAAUGCUUGGUGAAGGCCGACAAUUUGGAGCUGAGCGAUGAAUGUGGAGAGGUGACGGGCUUAACCCCUGAAGGCCUGAGCAAAGCUGAGCCACUGGAUCGAGUUCUCCAGCAGGUGAGGGCAGCUGAGGGUUAAUGUUAAUGCAGAGAGCAGGAUUCUGACUGAUGCAACAAGGCAAAUAGACUUGCUUUUGACUUUCGCUUUGAAAUCCACUCUGCGGACCAGUUAUUCACAGCAGCAAUAUUGCAAGCAUGGUUUGUCCUGCCAGUAAGGCCUGCUCUGUUUAUUCACCACAUGCUUGCACAUUUCUGAUUAUUGUCUCCAGUGACUUCUAGCUGAACGAUGACAAGUAUUGAAUCUGGUGCUGUUAAUAACCAGAGUGUUCGCCAUGAGAGCCAGGAAGUCCCAGGUUGUAAUUUCACCUUUGCCUUGAAUUCCCUAAAUGGCCUUAGACCAUCUGUACCCCCACCCCAAAAAUAACUACUACGCUUAUGUGUUAACACACUCUGAAAUCUCAGAUGUGGUGUCUAAACGCAAAGUAUAAUGUUGACUAUAACCUGAGGUUAUUUGGUCUGCAGUGGCUCAUUCAAACAUGCCACUCGGUGCUUGAUGUUGCCCUCAUCCAGGGACAAAUGUGAACUCGCCAUGGGAAUUUGUGUAUGGGUGACAUAUUCUGGCAGCUUUGGUUUUGAAAGCCUCUUGACAAAAGUGCAGUAGCACACAGGUCUAAAUCACAGAUUGCUUGUACAGCCAGGUUAGCCCUCUUAAUGCAAUGUGGUACGGCUGUUCCUAUGGGCUUUGGGCAGUGAUGUAGUCUGGACAUGACACUUUAAAUGCUGAUCUACUUGUCCAGUAAAAAUAAAAUAAAGAAAACAAUAAAUGAUGGAGCCUCAAGAGCCUCUUUUCCCCAAAUAACAAAGAGAAAUUGAAUAGAGAAAUAUUUAAAUAGGAUCCCUAAUGGGGUUCAGGUGAAACUGAGGAUGAUGGGGGGUGUGGAAUUAUUCUGAAUAUGGUAAAAAGACAGAAAGUUGUCACCAACAGGGCCGUGCCUGUACACAACUUGGACAGCAAGCCGAACUGGUUUGUUAAUGUAAUAAGUUAGGGAAAACAACUGGUAACGCUGAGGGUGGGGGGCCGGAGUAUGUUGUCUUUUAAGCAGUCCCACCAUUAGCCCAUUGCCAUGAAGAAACAUUUCACAUGAGGGAAAGGAAGGGGUGUUUUAAGGGGAUAGUUGUCUUUAGAAAUACUUGAAUGUGCCCUUCACAGCUUCUGCAAAGCCAGUGAGGUGCAGGGGGCCAGAGUACAGCUCUCUGUCUGGGGAGAUGACUCCCACCACCACAAAGUUCACUGGGUGACCUUGGGCCACACGCUUUCUCUCAGGCUGACCUGGGAGCUAGUUAUUACAGGGAUGGUGUGAAGGUAAAAGUGGGUGGGAAAGCUUUGCAUGCUACCCUGAACUCCUGGGAUGAAACUUUGGAUAAAACUGUAUUUUUAUCCAAAUACAGUUGGAUUUUUUAUUGGGGGGGGUACUCUGUCCCUGAGUGCAGAAUUGGCUGCCCUCCAUAUGUUGUGGACUACCAACUCUCACCUGCCUGCUAUGCUGGCUGGGGCUGGUAGGAGUUGGUAGCCCCAAACAUGUGUAGGGCACCAGGUUGAGGAAGCCUGAUAUAUAAUACUUUAUGUAUUCUUUUAAGCAGUUCUGUAAAGGAAGGGUAGACUGAAGGGCAGGGAGUUUGCCCACACAUUCAGAUUUACUCAACGAGUUCUGUGGGAUUUGAACAUGGAUGUAACUAUCUAGCUCUGUUUUCUUACAUUUUCAUCCCAUCUUUCUCCAACCUCGAGGCCCAAUGCAGCAUACAUGGAGGUCCUGGGUAGUCUCCUAUCCAUGCCCUGGCCAGAUCCAGACCUGCUUAACUUCAGCAAGGUGGUGGCCAAACUCAUAUAUAUUCUCCAUGCAGGGACAGUUUUCCAUCUAGGGGGAAAGGCUUGGGGCAUUAAGACUUUUCUUUCGUCCUGAAAUUAGUUGUAUAUGGAGUUCAUGAGUGGUACAGUUCUGUGCAUUCUCUCCCCCCACGCUCCCCAGUACCCAGCCAAACUGCAGCAUCACGUACUGUCCUUUCUGUAUGUUGCUGUUAAUGUGGCGAGAGAGUUUGUUGAUUCACUUUUCAAAACAUCCAAAGGUGUUUUGCCUUUACUUUUUCAUAUAUGUGUAUGUGUGGGUCUUAUGCUUUUGAGCAACUUGGAGUCAAAUGGAAAAAUACAACGCCAUAGCUUUUUUUUGGAAUGUAUGGAACUGGUUCUUCAUAUCUCAUUAGAAUUGCUGGUUGAGUGUGUUUGUGGGGAAAACUUGCUUAGGCUGUGGAACAGGUUAGUGUGUUGCCACUUCUGGUGACAGGGAUCAGCCCAGUAAGUAAUGAGCAAUGUAUUUCGGUGUUGCUGUGAUUUUGCCCUACAUUGAAUCAUCCUUAGUUUUAAUUAUGAGUACAGCAGACUCUGGGUAGGGCAGGGGGAAUGAAGUAUUUUUGCAAAAGAAAUCAUUAGGCGUGGUGUAUCCUCCCCCCCCCCCUUCUCCUCUCUUUGCUCUCCCCGGGUAGAUUUCAUGCAAGACCAGUUAAGACUGUAAAGUGACUUUUCAGUAGUUUGGAAAUAGCUCUGAGACAAACGUUACAUACUGCAAGUUCAAUCUUGUCCUUCGUCUUGCAGCCAAAGACAUCUGGAACAGCUUAGCUAAGUACACUUCGUUGUUCAUCUUUUUUUUAAAAAGUGACACACUAUAAUUAUGCUCAAUACUUCUAUGUGAUUGUGUCCUAUCAUCACAAAUUGCAAGUUAGAUGUAGCUACUGCAGCCCAUGCACAGAGGACAUGCUACUGCCUCUGUCUAGGUGUGGUCGAUGCUUCUUGGUCAAAUGAAGGAGGAUGCCUUGGGUGAGGCAGAGAAUUUUGAGUUAAAGGAUAUCCACCUGAAACUCUCACUGGUUCUUAGAAAUCUCGCCUCUAUAUCUUGUCCUGUUUUAAGACACAGCAAUUUGAACAUUUAUUUGAACUAAGGAAUCUUCUAGUCCUCAAGACCCGAAAGCAUGGUUUCAGUGUUCCAUCAAUGCUACAAUUCAGAUGUGGUGCAUUUCAGCCCAUGCUAGUUCCUGCUGGCCCAUGCAGCUGAUGGAACCAGGGCUGCCCGUUUGGUUCCCCAUAGUGACUUAUCCUCCGAUUAUUUAUAGAAGAAAACUUGUAAUAUUCCAAUCCUCACUGUCCCACCACUACCAACCCUCUCUCUUGCUGUCACACCUUGCUGAAAGUUCUGCUCCUCCUCCUUAAAGCCUUUUGUUUACUCUGUGGUCACUGGUCUUCCACCAACUUUAAAAGCCAGCAGGGUGUGUUCUUGUUAAGAGAAAUACUAGAAAAGGCAUCUUGUAGGACAACUUGCCUUAUCAAUUACGAAAUGUACCUUGGCAGCUGUGGUGUGUGAAAUGGCCUUGCAGCAUGCACAUACAUUUGCAAGGGUAUUGCAGAUAAGUUGCGCCCACACCCCACUCUUAGGUUUAACUUAUAAAGGCUCUGAAGAGGAAGUUGAAUCCUGAAAAACAGCAAAUCAAGGAAAACUAAAUUGGUGCCAUUUCCUAAAUACACACACACACACACACACACACACACACUGGAAGCCAAAAAUGGGUGAUUUACCCCCCAAAAAAUAGGGAUUAUGCCUGCUAAAGUGGGGCACUUGGGGUGUUUGUGUGCUUGGGGAAAAGUGGGGGCUACAGUACAGUGGUACCUCGGGUUAAGUACUUAAUUCAUUCCGGAGGUCCAUACUUAACCUGAAACUGUUCUUAACCUGAAGCACCACUUUAGCUAAUGGGGCCUCCUGCUGCUGCCGCGCCGCCGGAGCACGAUUUCUGUUCUCAUCCUGAAGCAAAGUUCAUAACCUGAAGCACUGUUUCUGGGUUAGCGGAGUCUGUAACCUGAAGCAUAUGUAACCUGAAGCGUAUGUAACCCGAGGUACCACUGUAUUGAACUUGGGGAGCUGCCACUGAGCCCACACCCUUUAAAAUUGCAGAAAUAAGCUGGAAAUGCAAGGAGAUUGUUACUUUUGAGCUAACUACAUAUAAAUAUAUUCACUCCCAGUGAUUUAAAACAUUCUGUUAAGUAUCCUGUGCAAUUGAGGUUCAGAAGUUCAGUCUUGCUUAGCAGAACUUACAAAGCUGCCUUAUCAGAACACAGAUCCAUCUGGUAGUGGCAGCAGAACUCUGGGAUUUCAGACAGGGAUCUUCCCCAGAUCUCCCUGGAGUUGCUAGGGAUUGAACCUGGGACCAUGUCCAUGCAUAGCAGAUGCUCUGCCACUGAGCUGUGGCUCUUCACAGAUUUGAGCAGGGAAUCAAGAAAGAUUUCAGUAGAUGGGGGUGAGAAUCCCAUGCAAAUAUAGAGCAGCAGUUGACUAACCUGAACCCAGAUGUUGAUGACCUACAAAGCCCAUGAAUUCAGACCAUUGAGCAUGCUAUCUGAGGUUGAUGGGAGUUUGCCCAGUGACAUCUAGACAGCAAUGUUUCCUUCCUCUUUGUCUUGACCUUCUUAUAGAAAAUAGCACUGUUUCAGAGUCAGAAGAUCAGCAACCUGUUUGAAGCAUAGGAAGCUGCCUUGAUCCUGAGUUGGCCCAUUAGUCCAUCUUUCUUAGGUCAAUUCUAGACAACCUGCUUAUUGAGCAGUAAUCAAACUCCCAACAACCCCAGCCAGCAUGGCCAAUGAACAAGUUGUCCAGCAACAGUUUUGGUGUGCUUGAGUCCAGUCUUUCCCCAUGCACAUUAAGUUGUAUCCAAUUACAUUCUACUCAGUUUACCCAUUGAAAUUCAUUGGCCUUAGUCCUGCCCAUCAAUUCCAACAGGUCUACUCUUGAGUAAAACAUAGUUGGAGACCAUUGAUGGUACACAAAUAUAACAUGUUCACAAUAUGAUUGAUUGUGAGUUUUAGAAGUCUUUAUUCUAGCUCAAACUUUUAUUGAUAGUUCUCUUUGCUUAGUCCUGAUUUAAACUCAAGUUGCAGGGCUAGCUUUGCAUUAUCUUAUUUUGUUAAAAAAAAAAAAUCUGAGUCCUUGAAGAUCAAAGGGAACCUUCACAUAGCUGAAAAGCCAUGUGCAUAGCUUGUUCAGUAUGGAUCUAAGUAUUUGGUUAAGUCCACAGGGACAAUUGCUUAUAGCUGCUGCAGCAAACACAAGGUAAGGUCUUUGACAUGUGUAGACACUGAUAGCUCUGUCUGCAAGCCCUCUGGCAGGGAUAUUUGAUUCUUUUUGACUGACUUGGAAGCAACCUGGAUGAAUAGGCUGAUCUCCUGGGGGGCAUAUUUUACACCUCUCUUAUCUCCUCUCUUUCACUCAUUCUAUCCUUAGAUUGCAAGAAGAAGUGUGUGAAACAUGAAUGUCAUCAUCAGUUUUUCUUUUGGCCUUUGUCCCUCAUUUGUUGUAGGGGAUCCAGGUCCCAAUUUCCUUAAUAGUGUGCACCAUGCAUGUGUAUGGCAUUUCCACAGUUCCAUAAGCAAAUGUAUAUAGGUCAUGUCUACAAGGAACUAAAAUGUUUUCCUUCCAUCUGUUAUGAGGUUGGAUGCAUUGGCAUUUGGUUAUCUGUUGUUGUAAUAAUGGUUUUCCGUGCUGUGUGUCCUGAGCUACUGCUAUCCCUGAGUAUGUGAAAGAUGACUCUUGGCUCAAGAGAGUGCAGGAAAAAGUGCGCAACAUUUUGUGAUAUUUGUUGGGUCAAUAUUUCCCUGCUUCACAGCCAGAGGUGUCUCAUAAUCAAUGUCUAAGUGCCAAUCAAAGGCCGUUCAGACAUCUUUGUAUUGUGUGUUUGUGAUGUUUUGUGCUAAUUAUGGUAUUGGGGCCAUUACAUGUGAUCUCACUUUCAAUACUAUAUGUUUGAGAUGGUUUUCAAUCAAUCCAUACCUUGAAAAUUCCUGCUGAAAUCCUGUAUAUAUUUUUUCUUGUAUGUGCUGUGCUGGUGGGUAUUCUUCUCACUUUUAUUGUGCUAUAAUGCCUCUCUGGACAGCAGUAAUGCAGUAGUAUUCAAGAAGCAUGAUGUGCAGACAGUCCAGUAUAAAUCUCUCACUAAUGUAUUCUUAUUGCAUCAAUGACAUGUUGCAGAAUAUACCUGCAAACAAAUUGGAGGGGCGCUAAGUCUUGUCUCUUAGUUGCUGUAUUUGACAGUACAUUCUGCACGCAUCCCCUGCAUGAUAGCCUUGAAUCAAUGUCUUAUUUCCCCUGACAACUACACUUCUUUGAGCUUGGAAUUCUCAUGGAGAUUCUAAUGUACUCUGACCCCAGGGCACCUCCAGGCAACAGUUAUGCUCAUUCAUAUAAGGCAGAGGUUUUCACCCUUUUUGAGUCCAUGGCUCCCUUGACCAACUCCAUUCUUUCUGCAGCACCCCUGUGGGGUUCAAGAGCCUAGUUAUGUCACCCCUUGCCUGCAGAGCUGGCAGCCUCUAAUCCUUUUUCAGACACCCUCCCUGCUGCUGCCCCUAGUCUCUGAGCUGUCUCCUCCCCACCUUGCCCCAAAGAGAGGUGCCUCUUCACACUGCCACACCGGAGCCUUGGAAGAUGAUGCCCCCAGCCUUAGUGGCCCAAUGGAGACUGGCCAAAGGUGUAUGUGAGGCCAGCACCUUACCUUGGGAGGCAGCAGCAGGUGCUGCAGGGCCUGCAUGGUGAAAAGGCUUCCCUUCAGCACCGAGCACUCAGCUCCCAGGCAGGCCUUGCACACAGCAAGCACAAGAAAGGCCAACACAACGCCUGCCUGCCCAGUCUGUCCAUUCCCAACAGCAAGGGUUGGCGGACUGGCUGGCUUGGCUAUCUUGCCUGCUUGUUUGCUUUGAGGCUGCCUCAGCUGCUGGCAACCAGCACCCCCUGACCAGCCACAGAGGCACCAUUCACUUGUAGCCAGGGCUGCUGCAACAAAUAGCUGUGCAAGCCUUUGGGCAGCAGAGACACAAGAGGGCAUCAGAGGAGGGAGGGAAAGAAAAAAAAGAGGUACAGAGACCAGUGUUGCCUGCAGCACCCCUGAACAUCAUUCAAGGCACCCCAGGGUGCCAUGGGUUGAAAACCACUAAUAUAAGGCCCUGUCAGCACUAUACAUUUAAAUCAGCAUCAUACCACUGUAAACAGUCAUGGUUUCCCCCCAAAGAAUCCUGGGAACUGUAAUUUAAGGGUGGUGGAAGGUGUUAGGAGACCCCUAUUCCCCUCCCAGAGCUAUAGACUAGCUUAAUCAAUCUUCUCAGGGAAAUUGGAAAUGUUCCCUAAGGGGAACUGGAGGCUCCUAACAGCACUCAGCACCAAUUCAGAUAGGAAAUCUUGCUGGUUGGUUUGGUGCUGCACUUGUUCUAGAUUACUACCAGAAUUGUUUUUACAAGAAGAAACUGUUGUAUCCAAUUUAGUAACGGCAUAAUAAUACAGGAGCAAAGGAAAGUUUUCUGCAAUGCUUGAAAGGAGCUUUGAGGGUGCUCAGGUCCUGGUUCUUGGUAUGUGUCAGAAUACAAGGACCUUUUUCCAUUUGUGAAAUUUUAGCAGGCAUGAUGCUUCCACUGAUUCCCAUCAGCAGAUGGAAUCUGUCUUUAUUCUUUCAGACUAGUUUGGUUCCUGGUGUAUUUGCUCUUAGUAGGGGAAAACAAAUUUCAAAAUAUGAUCUCUUCUUCCAAUGCCUAGUGGGAACUCUUCUUCAUUUAAAUUGCAAGGAACAUCAUGUUUCCUUUGAUAUUCUGAAAAGGCACUGGUAAUACAUAAAAUGUAACAUGCUGGAAGGCAGGUCAUUUAGCAAACUAAAAUUAUUCAGCUGGUUGACAGGCUUGUUAUUACUUUGCUUUUUUUAUUGGGCUUCUUACCUGCCUUUUACCACAAGGUCCCAGGGUGUGUUGCCACAAUAUAAAAAUGCAACAUUAAAAUCUGUUGAAAGGAGCCGGAGGCUGUAGUCCUGCAGUCCAGGAAGGCUGUAACCCCUUAAAAUAUCUGGAGAAUGUGAUUUUGGGGGUAACUUAUUUAUUUAUUUAACAAGACUGAUAUACAGUACCAUGUAAUCAACCACAACUUCUAAGAGGUUUCCAUAAAACGGUAGAAAAUAUUCAUAAGAAAACACUGAUGAUAAAAUAAAACUUUAAAAGCAAAUAGACUUAAAAUUUAUGAAAAGAUGGGUGAAAUCACCAGUUUCAAAACAAAUAUUCAUAAGCAAAUCACAUGUGUAAGUAGGUUUGCCUAAACAAAUACGUUUUUAGCAAGCACUGGAGGCACCUGCCUAAUAUCUGUGGGAAGGGUAUUCCAGAGAGUAGGCGCUGCUGCUACACAGAAGAAUCGAUUCCUUGCAAGUGCAGAAUGAUCAUUAUGUUGGUUCCACAGAUCAAAUGGGCAAAUGUUGGAUGAGGUGAUCCUUCAAGUGAACUGGUCCCAAGCUUUAUAUACAAACAGUAACACCUUGCAUUUGGCCCUACAAGGGAACUUGUGGUGGUAAAGCACUCUGGGUGAAUGCAGCACAGUGCCAUGCACGAACUGACAGUUCAGGAAGGCUCUUAAGAGCAGGGCCUAGGUUGACUUCGGGGCAUUCAUGUCUGGUCCUGCAGAUGAGUGAGAGGCGUUGGCUCUUGGUAGCCGAAGAACAGAGGCAUCACUUUUCUCAACAUCUGUAGUCGAGUGAAGUCAGCAGAAAAUGGGCUGCAUGUUUUCAACUUAAAAAAAUAAAAGAGGGGUUUGGAAAGGACACAAGGGAAGAUUACAGCCCUAAGAUUCCUUCAGUCUGAUUAACAGGUUGCAAUUUUGUUUCAGGGGAAACCUGUUCUGCAGCCUUUUCCUCCUUCCUCUACCACCCCCCACCCCACCUUCACCAUUUGAUGGCAAGGGGCGUGUCCCUUUUCUACCUCUUUAUAUGGCCUUGCAAACCAUCUUGAUUUUAUUCCACUUUUUUAAAAAAGGGGAGGAGUGCGGAAGGAAUUAUUGCAAUAAUGCAUCAGGGGUGGAGGUUGGGAGUAUUUCUGUCUCAUUGCAGGAGUUUUCCUUUCUUUGAUAUGCACCUUUGGCCCCAUUUGAAAAAGUGAUCAGGAAAGCUGAUUCAGUAGGAUUCCUUCCAAUUUGAAGAAUUAAUUUGGUGUGGACGAAAAUGCUGCUUAGCCACUCCUCUGCAGUGUAUGGAGGACUGAGACCUGCCUGUGUGUUUGUGUGUGUAAAAGUACUACAGUGGUACCUCAGGUUACAGACGCUUCAGGUUACAGACUCUGCUAACCCAGAAAUAUUACCUCAGGUUAAGAACUUUGCUUCAGGAUGAGAACAGAAAUCGUGUGGCGGCGGUGCAGCAGCAGUGGGAGGCCCCAUUAGCUAAAGUGGUGCUUCAGGUUAAGAACAGUUUCAGGUUAAGAACGGACCUCUGGAAUGAAUUAAGUUCAUAACCAGAGGUACCACUGCAUACAAAAGUAGUGUGUACAUUUGUUGCUCCACCCACUUUUGCCUCUGGCCCCGCCCAUGUGUUCCUGGGAAGGUUUGCUUCUGGGAAGGUUCCUGGGAACACUUGCAUGUGUUCCUUGAAAGGUUUGCUCAGAAGGAAAUGCUGACCACAUGGGCUGGGAAAGAUUCCUCACUCCUGCUCUCCCGACCCCCUUUUUCUUUUGCCUGAAAUGUUCCCCUGCCCUUUAGAAGCAGUGACAGAAAGGCACAGGGCUUUGCCACCAGCUGCAUAUUUAAUACAUUGCAUGCCUUUAAAAUGCAAACCAAACCUGCGAGUUGCUAGGGUAAACUUUGGUUUUGCUGCAGAAGAGGAUGCAGGUCUGGUGGUGGAUGGGAGGUAUUAACAGUCCCUCACCAGCAUGCCUGUCAGGUGUUUACCUUUUCUUUGGAGCCAGCCAGUGUUUCUUCCACAGGGCAUGUGGAACUGAAAUGGCACUGGACUUGGGGUUUGAUGGAGUAUGGUUCUGUUUCCUUCUCUGAUUUAACUGGGUGUCAGUCAACACUUGUCAGGUGUUCAUCUGUGGUGGUUGAUGCCCACUGAGACUGGUAGUGGCAAAACGUCCUGGGCCGGUCCUGCCCCAGGAUCCCCCUCCGCUGCCCCCAAUCUGCAUGAGUUAAGUCCAAAGGCUGCAUAGAAUCAGGUCAAGGUCUGUAGGUUCUUUCUCUGUCUCCCACCUCGUAAUAGCAGAUCAGGGAGGGUGCAUUAAUUAUAUGGGUGUGCUGGAUUUUGACUGACGGAUUUGCUUGGUUGCACUUAUUUGCCAGUUUUCUGCCAAGGCACCCGAGGCUAUUUACAAUAUUAGGAUAAACAAAUCAUACAAAAUAUUCUCAGGGCAACUUCAGGAGCUGCUGGCACAAGCUCCGUGGUCUGGGCUUUAUGUCUUCUGCAUUUCCCCCAUGGCCUGCAGGUCUUAAUAUCCUCAGAUGGGGACAGGGAUAGGCAACCCCAACAGUUCUCUCAAUAGCUGAUGAGAACCACAGACAGGGGGAGUGCUGUUGUGCUUGGGUCCUGCUUGCAGGUUUCAUAUUAUGGCAUCUGAGUGGUCACUGUGAGAACAGGGGGCUGGACGGGGUGAGCUACUGUUUUGAUGCAGUGGAGCUUUUCUUAGGUGCUUAUGAUUCUUCUGCAGAAGUUAGGUUUUCAGAUAUAUUAGUAGUAGUUAUUUAUUUAUUUUGCGCCUCUUUCUUGGUAGCAUCCAUUUCUCUUUUGCAUCAAGAUUACCUGCCCCUUUACCUUUCCUAGGGUCAGUCUGCAUACUAUUUAGUUCCACUUCAUUCCAGUCAGCUUUCUUCUGAAGUAUUGCCAAAAAUAGUGUGCGCUCUUGAAAAAUUCCAUUAAAAGAUUCAAAUUUCCAGAAGUGGCACUUUCUUAAUUUUUGUUGCUGCAAAAAAAAGAACUGAAGAGAAGACCAGAGUCUUGUCACUGUGCUGGCUGAAUUUGAUGGGAAUUGUAGUCAAAACAGGUUGGCAAAUGCUGAAGUUAAGCUUUGCAAGAGUUCAAAUGGAUGGCUUUUAAAAUUGGUAGUUGGAGAACAAAGAUGGCUUCACUCAGUUAUCUGGCCUUCAACAUAGCAAUGUAACAUGAUUUAAUGGGUCAAAUGCAUUUCAGAAAUAUUUCCUACAAUAAUUAUUUAGCUGUGUGCUAGGUGCUGUAUGGAACAAAUAUACAAUGCAACUUCUCCAUAUUGAUAACCCUGUCAAUGGGAGAGUAAUCUGAAGGAGUGCAUAAAAUAAAAUGCCUGGUGCACCAUUUUUAAUUUGGUGGACUACUGAAUCAUGUUGAUUCACCUGGCUAGGGGAUGGUGUGUCUCUGUGUGUCUGUGUCUGUGUCUGUGUGUCUGUCAAGGGAGCAAAAGCUGUAGCUCAGUGGAAGAACAUCUGCUUUGUAUGCAAAAGAUUCUAGGUUCAAUCCCCAGCAUCUCUAGUUGGGGCUGGGAAAGACUUGAUUCUGAAACCCUAGAGUCUUUGGGGAACCUUUGGCUCUCCAGAUACUGCUGAACUACAACCUCCAUCAUCCCUGGUGGGAACUGUAAUUCAGCAACACAGAUAGAGGGUCGAAGGGUUCUCAUCCAUGCCCCAGAGAGCUGUUGCCAGUUAGUGCAGGUAGAUACUGAGCUAGAGGGACUCAGUUCUUGAUCUCACUUCUUCAGUGGCAGUGCCCUAUUGCUAAGCAUGAAAAAGUACUUUUGUACUUGAAUUAUCAGUGAUCAUUAAAAUAGAAUCCCAGAGUCCGCUUUACUGUUUCAUGCCUGAAAUGGGUCUCCACUUGGUGUCCAUCCCACCACAAGCAAUUUCUCUGUCACAUCCUAUAAAACAAGCACCUCUCUUCGUUUUCAUCCUCUAAAGUGUCAGAGAAUACAAAAACACAUGCACUCCUCUAAUGCAGUAGUUACCUAGGAUCGCAUCUGAGGUCUGAUGUGCCAUCACUGGUUUCUUCUACUUUUGCCAGGAAAAGGUUUACCCUGUUCUUUGCCUUAAAAGUAGCAUUAUUUCCCCCUCCCCUGCUUUCUGCAUUUUGCAUUUACUUGUGCCAAGGCCUAGGUGACAGCACUGAUGCAUCCAUGUGCAUAAUAAAUGUGCAGAAACUGAAAACCAGGUGGAAGUUUCAGAUAUGUUGAGAUGAGUCUGCAGAAAAAGGUGCUCUUUAUUCUAAAGUUAGCACCACGCAUGCCAUGGAGGGGGGGGGAGCAUACUUGAUAUCUGAUGUGGAUUUUUUUAUAAGAAGUAUAUGUACACCAGCCUUGCCCCUGCUGGUGGGAGUUGUAGCCCAAAGCACCAGGAAGGCUGGUGUGCACAGUUUCCCCCAGCUCUGCAGCUAUUGUUUAGCCUUCCUCCUGAUUGGUCCAGUUGUGCAGUACAAACAGUGAAAGAGUGUUGGGUAAAUACAACGGGAGCAUGCUUUGCAAUCAAUAGAGCAAGUGCUAAAGAUCACGUUGCUUAGGAAAGCUUGUCCUUGGAAUGGGGGGAGAGAAAGAGAGAGAGAAGGCAAGAGGAAAACUAAACACUAACAGCACACUGCAAUGCCCACCAUCGUUGGUUUGUUUUUUACUGACUCAGUCUAUCUGUGUGAAUGUGUGAAUUCUUAACAAGUGUUGCUUUUUAGAAAUAGCUUUGGAAAUAGUUAUUGUAGUUCACUGUCUACAACUAAGCUUAGGUAAGAGUUGAGGCUGCACUUGUUGUCAUACAAGAGAUACCUAAGGCGUCUCUUCUCUCUUCCCACCCCCUUUAAUGCAACCACAGAGAGGGCUCUGAAUCUGAUGGGAUCAGUAAUGCAAAGAGGAGGAUGCCUUAGGGCCCCUCCAAAUUGGAGGUGUGUUGGGAGUUUUUGCAGCUGCCUUCUGCAACAUGUCAUUAAUGAAAUGCUCACUCCAGCAGCACAAAUACUAGAAUUGGAAUGAUACGAGAAGAUGAGCAUGGCCCCUACGCAAAUUUGUCCCACAUUUUAAAAAUUAAAUAAAGGGGGGGGGACACCCAACAUGUUGUUAAUUAAAUAGUAUUGUAUUUAUGCUGAAUGGUCCACACAUCAUUAUUGCCAUCUAGAGGAACCACAAAAGUGGGACAGAAAACCAAAUUGAGAGCAUUUAUGGUGUGAAAGGUUGCAGGAUUUUUACAGAAAACAUCAGCGCACAAACGUAUUACAAGUGAAACACUAUGCCCACCCUGAAAUUUUCCACACCAGUUUGGUGAUUAUUAGUUUUUUGUUAGCAUUUUGGUGUGUGUUUCUCCUAAAUUUGUGUCUGCUACUUUUCUUAACACAAUGCAUUUAAAGAUUUUCAUAAAAAAAAUAUUUUUACACUUUCCCCUAAUGCAAAGGGGGCUAGCUUAUGCCCCCCCCAUGACAUAUGCUGUUUAUCCACAACCCUUAAUUGUUCCUGUGCAUUUGGGGCUGCUGGGAGUUGCUAGUUGACUUCAGUUGGGGAAGGCUCUGUAACAGGACUUCCAGGAUGCUGUUGCUCUUUAGAUGGGAUUCAGUCACACACCCAGUAAAUUUAGGUUGUGCAAUUAGAGGUGUGUGUGUGUGUGUGUGUGUGUGUGUGUGUGUGUGUGUGUGUGUGUUGCAGAACAAACCCUCUUCUCCAAAAGGGAGAAGAGGACUUUUUCCAGUAAGAAAAUAGCAGGAAAAUAUCCUGGAAAGUAUGAGAUGACACUUGACUUGCUGCAACAUUGUCUAACCUCCCUGCAAAAAAAAAACAAACCCCAAAAACUGGAUGGAUGCUUAUUAACCAGAUCAUCUGGAAGCCCCCUAUAGUAUGCCCCUGAACUAUGAAUGAAGCAGAGUUUGUGGAAGUGGUCUGAGCGUGAGCUCCUGUCCCAACAAAACCUGUAUUCUUUUCUUCUUCCUGGUUCUCUCAGCAGUGCAGCUAUGUUCGUGUGUGUACAAUGAUUGUACUGCCAGCCACCACUGAUUAGGAGUAAUCAGACUAGCAGGCAGUGUUUAGUGAGGCGUUUGCAGGCUGAAAGAUGGCCAUGAAAUGGAAGCUGCUGGGGCGGGGAAGUGAGAGAGCCGUGUUGGAUGGGGAAUUUUUUAAGAACGGAGCACAUCUCAAGGCAUCUGCAGCAUUAGUUCUUCCAGGUGUGUGGUGUGCAGGGCUGCAAAUGGCAACAAGUGAUCAUUUGCUCCACUGUUGUUACCUGGAGCCCUGUAGAUGUUUGGAGGCUACAAGUAGCUGUAGUUGCUAGGGCUGAUGGGAAUUAUAGUCCAAAACACCUGGAGGGCACCAGGUUGGGAAAGGCCAUGGUAGAUCAUGGGUGGGGAUCAUGAGGCCCUCCAGUGGUUGUUGGACUCCAACUCCCAUCUGCUCCACCUAGGAUGGCCAACUGGCCAGGGAUGAUGAAUGUUGUGGUCCAAGAACAUAUUCCUGUUAAGUACAACCCUGAAAUUAUUAUCUGUGAGUGUAUGUUUUAACCUUUUAAUCUGUUUUUGGAAGGUUUUUAAAAACUUCAUUUAGAAGUUUUAAUUGUUGGUAAGUUUGCCGCCCUGGGCUCCUUUGGGAGCAAGAGCAGCAUAUACAUAUUAAUAAGAUAAAUAUGCUAUAGUCCCUCUCCUUACUAUGUCUCUGUACUUAUUUUGUUUGUAUUCUUGUCUUUGGGAGAUGCCCAUUCCAUUCCCUCCCCACCAAAGAGUUGUUUAUUGUCUUCCUACUUAUGCAAACUGAAGCCUAUUGAGACUUUUCUGUCGUGUUUGGUUGGCACUGUUUUGGUUGCAUGCUUGGAUAAUGUGUUUGCUCUCAGUGUGUGUAGGGUGACCAAGAGGGAUUUGCACAGACGAGUCUGCUCCAUUAGGGCAAAUGGGGCACUGCCCCACCACUCUCAGCCAGCUGCCUGCCUGCCUGCCUUCUUACUUAAAAUCUGUCAAAGGGGUGGCAGAUGUCAGCUUUAUUCUCCUUUCUACAGUGCUGCCUUUGUAGGACUCAUCAGAUCUAGGAUUUCUUUGGCUCUGCCCAUCAUUUGCCUCCCUGCCCUAUCAGGCUCAAUGGGUACCAGCCACCACUGGAUUUGCGUGCGGGUUUUUCUGCACCCUAGCUUUGGGAGGUGCAAACUUGGGCUUUGAGAUCAUGAAUGUUUUACAUGGGCAAGAGAUCUAGCGUCCAGCCACCAUAGCUUUUGUGUGUGUGUGUGUGUGUGUGUGUGUGUGUGUGUAUUGCCAGAAGCAGAAAGAAAUUAGCUACAGCUUGAUGGAUUGCAUUUGUUGCGUGUGGCAGCUUUUUAGCACAAGGUCACAGUGAUCCCAUUUUCAGUCAUGUGGAAUAACAGUUAACAGACGAAUGAAAAGCAAAACCCCACUGGCAGGUGGGGGGGGGGCUUUCUGUUUCAGAAAGUUUCUUUGCUUUUAUUAUGCCUGCAGGUGCGUUUGUAAUCCAAAAAACUCAUCUCUCUUCAGCAGUAGUUCGUGGGCACGAGCUUGCUCUUGGUGAGGCCAAAUUGGAGACUGCAGCAACACCAGAUUUAGCAGAAAACAAGCUGUUAGAUUUUUAAGAGGGAGGCCAUGAAACAAAGGCAAUGAUUUGGGCCCCAGCCUGUGUGUGCCCAGCAGUGUGUGGUGUGACACCACAACAUCACGUUUUGAGCAUGCACACUGCCGCUGCUCUCUAGCACCGCUUCUGUGCUGCCGCAACGGGGGUGGCAGAGCAUGGGUGCACAUCCACAGCAGAGCCCAACAGAGGCCCAGAGGCGGAGGCCUCAGCCCAGUCGCCGCCAUGGUGGCAGAGUUAAGGCCGUGGGCAGCAGACGGAGGCCGGGCACCCACAGUGAGAAUUUUGUGGGUGCCCAUGCACCCAGGAUUCUCUGGAGUUUGCAUCAGUGCCAUGAAACAACAUCCAUGCCAUACAUUUGAAGCUCCUGGCUCCCCACCCUUCAUCCUGAAACCUGGGGGAUUGUAGUUAACUCUUUACAGAGCCGCAGUUCUCUGCGGCCUUAACAAACUACUGUUUCCAGGAUUCUUUGGAAGAAACCAUGUGCUUUAAAGGCCUGAUACGGAUGGGACGUGGGUGGUGCUGUGGGUUAAAUCACAGAGCCUAGGACUUGCCGAUCAGAAGUUCGGUGGUUCGAAUCCCCGUGACGGGGUGAGCUCCCCUUAUUCGGUCCCUGCUCCUGCCAACCUAGCAGCUCGAAAGCACGUCAAAGUGCAAGUAGAUAAAUAGGUACCCCUCCGGCGGGAAGGUAAAUGGCGUUUCCGUGCGCUGCUCUGGUUCGCCAGAAGCAGCUUAGUCAUGCUGGCCACAUGACCCGGAAGCUGUACGCCGGCUCCCUCGGCCAAUAAAGCGAGAUGAGCACCACAACCCCAGAGUCGGUCAUGACUGGACCUAAUGGUCAGGGGUCCCCUUUACCCCCUUUAUGGAUGUGAUCAAAGACUCCAUUCAGAUACUGUGCUCUCCAUUUGAUAAGGGAUGCUAAACCAUGAUGCCUGAAUUGAUAAUCUAUGAAUUAUGCCCAGCUAGCUGAGGGCCAUAGUUCUGAAGCAGGUUUGAAACCAUGGUUUGUGCUAACACAUUGAUGGAGUGUCAAGCCAGAGUUAUGGCUGUGUUACACUGCCCCAGGAGGUUACUACUAUACCUAGAAAUAGGAGUGUUGAGCCAAGAGAGUGUUGAGAAACCAGUGUAGCCUAGUGGUUAGAGUGCUGGACUAGCUGAGAAUGUCCCCUGCCUGUGAAACUCAGGAGAGACACUUCCAAUCAGGGCAGACAAUACUGAGCCAAACCAACCAACCAUGUCACUUACGGUAAUGUAAAGCAGGUUGUGAUCGCACAAAGGGAGUAGGGGUUAUAUGCUGUCAAGCUUGGAGUUGUCUUGAGGAAAAGAGAGCAGACAGAUGCUGGCAUUUGGCCAACAUGCAACUGACUAAACUUGCUGAGCCACUUUUCUCUCUGCUGCCAGAUAAAUAGCCAGAAUCCUGUCCAACCAGUUUCUAAAUCUGCUGCUCAAUCAGUUUCCCCCUUCUUGGCCCAAAUAUUCACUUGUAGGUAAAAUGUAUUAUAGGAGCUGGCGGGGGCAGCUAAACUUUUAAAACAAAGCCCUUUACAAUAAUUUUUCUCUUGUUACUUCAUGAUUCAUGCUUAGCACUGCAACUUUAUUAUUGGUUCGGUUUAUGAGCCAGGAUAGCAAUAUCAUUGUCGAUUAUGAUGCAGAAAUCCCAGGUUCAGACUCUGGCAUGCAGAGAGAGGGGGGGGGCUGGGAAAGACUUCUGAGACCCCCAAGUGUUGCCGACAGUCAAUCCAGCGAAGACUGGGCUUAGUAGAAUAUGACUCUUGAAUCAUAGAAUUGUAAAGUUGGAAGACACACUGACACAUCUAGUCCAACCCCCUGCAAUGCAGGAAUAUGCUGCUUUCCCAUAUGGCGAUCAAACCUGCAACCUUGGUGUUAUCAGUACCACACUCUAAACCACUGAGCUAAAGGAACCAUCAAUCAGACUUGAUGCCAAGUGCCCAUGUGUUGUACAGGUUCAAAUCUUCACUCUGCUGUCAAGCCUGCUGGGUGAUGGUGGGCCAGUCAGGAUCUCUCAGCCUAACCUCCCUCAAAGGGUUGUUGUGAGAAUAAAACUAGGAUUAGUCACAUGUACUACCCCAUAAGACUCUGGAUCCCACUGAUCCACAAUGUCUGACCUCCCACUCCAAAAUGCUCUGUUUCAGAGCUUUCUGUUGCCGCCACUGAUGAUAGCUCCCCAACCUGUCUGGGUGGAGAUCAGCCCUCUAGACAUUGGCAGAGGCCAGUGGAGAAGGAACUGAACUGCAUGUUAAUCUCCCCAAGACAUCAGUAAUCAGGGCAAUUUUCAGGUUGCAGCGCAAAACAACCAUAUAUUAAACAACAGCUGUAAGCAACCUGAGAUUUUACCUUGAGGGCUGCUUGAGUGGAAUGGCGGGCUACGGGUUUUCAAGACAUGCGGGGAAGAUUCUAUCUCCCCAUAGAAAGCCUCUGCUCUGGAUCACUCUGUUUUGAACAAAUAUAUUCAUGUAUUGACCUCAGUCCCCUAUUAUUGAGAUGCUAAUGAACUAACUGUUACUGUUUACCAAAUGUGUUCAGAUACAUACUGUGUUUGUUUGUUUGUUUGUUUUGUUUUUUAAAUGAUAUUUAUUGAAAAUUUUUAGAAUUACAAAAGAGAACAAAGCAGAAAAAGAGAAAGAAAAAACAAAGAAAAAACAAACCACAUCAAACAAUACAAAUUCAAAAAAACAAAAAUACACCACAAACACUCAAAAACAAAUCUAUCAUUCUCAAAUCCUCAACUGUCAUUACCUUCUUUCUUUGACCUCCUCCUCCUCCCUUUUUUUGUAUCCUAGUUGUUAAUUGUCGCAGCAAAUCCUUUCCAUAUUCCAUAAUAUUCUGUCAUUACAUUACCUUAAUCUAUUUUAAUCUUAUCUUACUAUAAAGAACCUUAAAGCUUAAAACUUAAACCUUAUUUUACCAACUUCUCAUAACCAUAAUAUUCUUACAUAAUUCUUUAAACAUUUUUGCUAAAGCCAAGUAAUUUCGUUCCAACAUUUUUCUAACAUUCAUCAAUUUUAUAAAACAAUCCUAGUAGUAAAAAAAAGAAAUAAAAACAAUCCAAUCUUCAUCCAGCGUCCCUUCCUCCUGGUCCCAGGUUUUGUCAGUCCUUAUUAUCCCAUCGAUCUAGUGCAUUAACCUGGUAACCUUGUAUCCGAGGCCCUUAAGUCUCUUCCAUGUCCCUUCCGCGGCUCUUCUUCAUAUUUAUAACUGUAUUUUCCUUUGUCUCCUGCUCCUUUCACUCGUGGGAACUCCAGCUUAACAAUGUUUUUGACCCUUCUCGACAAAUCAGCCCCUUUUCCAUAGUCCACACUAAACUCCAUGUGGUAUUUAAGAACAUGUUUCAUAAUCCCUCCAAAAUUAAGAGCCCCCACAACCCCAAACAUCUCACGGCCCAUUGCCAGACUUGAAAAGUCCAAACAUCCCUGCAUAGGGGGGUCUAUCCAACCCCCCAUUUCCAAACCAAACCAAACUUUAUCUUUCCAAAUCUGGCUUUUUCCAAGUUCAUUUGUCAAGUCCAAAAGCUAAUGUUCCUGCUGGGCCACAGCUCCCUUCAUCUCUGGCGCCCAAGAUUCAGCAACAUCCUCUUCCCUCAUCUGUUCUGUCAGGGCACAUUCCUGAUUUAAUUCCUGGGUGGGCUCCAUAUAAUUUCCCACUGCCUGUUCAAAAUUUCUGAUCGCAUCAGUCAUCAAGUCCGUCUUCUCAUGUAGCUGUUCCAGUAGGGCAUUUGUUUUACAGAAAGCACACAGCAGAGCUUCUGAAUACAUUGUCCUGCAAGGUCAGAAGUCUAUUCCCACGAUUGUAAUCUGUAACAGCUGGAAGCUCCCCGGAGUUGGUUACAGUUUCACAGUCUCCCUCUAGGGGGAAACCUUCUAUUUGUUCUUUCUUUUGAAGACAAGUCUAACAACAAAGUUUCCUUUUUCAGAUAUUUUGUCAAUAUUUGUUCCUUUAAAAUGCGAAGGGGAACAAUGGAAUCAAUGUUUCUCUUCUUAUAGCUAUCUGUCAAAAACGUUUGUCUCUGGUCAAUGAACUUCAAAAAACGUCAGUCCUGACACCCCGCUCCAGGAUCAGGACAGUGGAAAAUUACUUUACUUUACACUCACUUCUGCAGGUUUAAACAGUCCGAAAAAAUCCCCCCUCUUCUCCUGCUUCCGAAGGGGGUUCAACAAUUUUAAAUGAUGAAAGUUAAUCUUUUACAAGCGAUUUUCUGAGCUCUAGUUUGCCAUGUCUUUGCUUUAAUCUAUCUACAAAGAAAUGGAAGGCUGACUUCCUGUUUAGACCUUCCCGUUUCAGUGCCAAAUUGAGGUAAACUUUUAAGUCCAAUUUUCCUUUCUGCUCGCAAGUCCUUAUUUAAAGUCCAAUUGUCCGAAAUUUAAGUACUCACGGGUGAUUAUUUUAGAAGCCAAAUUGUCCCAGGAAAAGGCAGCGCUCUCCGGCAACGGCUGUGCGGCUUCGCUCCACGGAAGAAGCAGUUGACUCUCAGCACCGCGCCACUUCCCCCUCUUCGCUCCGGAGCCCGUUAGUGGGUUCCUUUGCGGGUGGGGGGGGGCGCUAAAGGUGCCCACCGAGUCCCAUGGUCACAGGCUUCAUCCGCCUGUGAUUUUUGAAAGGGUCCCCACUUCGCCGUAGCGGAAAAGACCCGUUUCGCGUGGAGCUAGUCCCUCCAGAUCAGAGGGAGUCCGCCAUUGCCGAUGGCGCCACCCCGGAAGUCAGAUACCUACUGUGUUUGGAUUCCCUCUAACCUGAGUCACCUGCAAGAGACUUCAGAUCUGGUGCUUUGGACAAUGGAUCUGACUGAGUCAAAACCUUGCUUUUGCUGUAAUUCCUGUAAUCAAACACACCUUGGGCACAGCUACACUCCUACAAAACAGACUCGGGGGGAGGGGUGUCAGAGCUCCGACUGCAUUUGUUUAAAUGUUGGCAUCAAGACAGUUUCUCUGAGGCUGCUGAACUCCACGCUCUUUAACAAGGGAGGCCUCUGAACUCCAAAAUGUGCAGACUUUUGAAAUUUCAUGUUAAUGAGAAUAAAGAAUAGAAGUGUGUCUUGGGAUUUAGUUUUGAAACUGGCACAAGCCCCGAAAACGCUUUUUUUCGGUGCAUACUGUUUUGCAUCAUUGGGCUCUAUGAGUGAACCUUGAAGGGAGGGAGAACAGGUGGAAAAUACUGUUUCUGAUGGUAAAAGGCUGUUGUGUUUUGUUUUGUUUUUUUGUUUCUUUGCAGACUUCUUGAGACUGGUGUUUUUCUGGUUGUGCUGGGGCUUAUUAGCACUGUCUGAUAGCUGCAAAAAAUAUUAUUGCAGGAAGGAGUGACAAUCCUUUGUUGUUUUAAAGAGAUCAGCAACUGGGAAGCCCCUGAUUCCAAUCUGGCCUCAGCCUGCUGUGAAAAGAUGUAUAGGGUUGUGGAAACACCAUACGUGACUUCCGCCAAAUAAUCUUGGGAAUUGUAGUUUACUCCCUCACAUAGCUACAGUUCCCUUAAACUACAGUGCCCAGGAUUCUUGUUGGGGGCGGGUGAAGAGUCUGGUGCUUUAAAUGUAUGUUGUAUAUGCAGUCUUGGACUAAGCACUUGGGUCUUCUGCUCUCCUUUGCCUCAUCUGCUCCUUUGUUGAGUUGCUGACCAUUGUUUGCUUAACUUUCUCUCCUUAUCAAAUUGGUUAACAGAAACAUGUUAAUCAGUGUUAACUGUUUGGUAGCUUUUGCUCAAACAGCACUGAUCUUGCACUGGCAUACACUCUCUUGUUUUUUAAAAGGCUGUGGUUGGCACCCUUGAAUGGCAGAUGCACAUAAUUACUGAGCUAUUGCCAAAUUGGUGCAUGUGUUUAAUCAGGGAUAGAAUAAUAUGUGAAACCAAAACUUUUCUGCUCCCAGUUUGACUGGAUUGCUCUGCUCUGAUCCUCAUUUUACUUUAUAUUUAUUGUAUUAUUAUUUUUUAAAGAAGUCUGAGUUACCUUUCAUCCAGGCACUCAGUGCCUGGUUUGCACAUCACACUGGACCAAAUCAUGGCUUAACACAAACAUGCAGCUUCCCAAAGAAUUGAUCACAUGUGCUGUGUUCCUCCCCUAAUCCUCAAACCAUGGACCAAGUUGGGAGGAUAAGCUAAGCCAAACCAUGGCUUGACUCAGAGCAGCACAGGAGGAGGAGGACCAGGGAAAGACCACAGCAGCCACAAUCUCCUCUCUGGGAAUCCUCACAUUUCCCAAGCCUCUCCCGACUGCAUUUCCCAGAAUGGGCUGGGCCUUUCAGACAUUUUUGCAGAAGCAUUCCAUUGGGUCAUGUUUCAAACUCGCUCAUUUGGUGACUAGUAUUUUAAAUGGCGAGAAGAGGGACUGAGUUGGAAACUUGCAAAUCUGAAUACAACUGUUUGCUUUUUCUAGUUCAGCCAACUUGUAUCCAGUGAUCUGAAGGCUCUGGGAAGAAACACCUACACAUUCUGCACAGAUGGCCAGCUCCUCAUUCGGCAGGUCCUUCAUCCAGAGGCCUCAAAAAAGGUACGUGGCUAGCAGGAUCCUAGCACUAGCCUGGAAAACAUGAAUGCAGCCAGUGGUGGUCAGAGUAGGUCUGAAAAGUACAACCCCUUCGCCAUCACCAUGGCAGAUUGUAUAGUCUCCAAAUGUGAGUGGAACUUGUGAAAGAUGCACAGCACUGACCCAAAUCAUCUUGCUGCCUGAGAUAAAAUGCUUUUGCAACUUGUAAGAGACACAGAAGUUUCACAAUGAUUAGGUUUGGAUGUUAUCAUGAUGGGAAUGGGACCUGCUUUCCGCUGGGCUCCCACACUCCCCCCCCCCCCACUAUCUAGCAUGGCUGAAAGGAAGAGAUUUUAUUUACCACAAUUUACAUUUCCAAAACCCUAAACCUGUUAAUCCCAACUACUGUUUGUUGGAAACAAGUCAAUUUCAAACUGAUUUAUUGAAGCUGGCUUGUUUCGGUUAAGAUAAACCACAGUACGGGGCUUUGACAUAGCACUAAAGUGUGGAUAACAAAAUUAGAAACAAAAGCUUCCAGUCUCUUCCUUGCUGGAGAAGAACAGGGGAGCAGGGAGUUCAGAACAAACCAGUUUGGUAUACAGUGGUACCUCGAGUUACAGAUGCUUCAGGUUACAGACUCCGCUAACCCAGAAAUAGUACCUUGGGUUAAGAACUUUGCUUCAGGAUGAGAACAGAAAUCGCACGGCAGCCGCAGGAGGCCCCAUUAGCUAAAGUGGUGCUUCAGGUUAAGAACAGUUUCAGGUUAAGAACGGACCUCCAGAACGAAUUAAGUUCUUAAACCAAGGUACUGCUGUAACAUCCUAAAGCUGUCACUAAUUAUGAACAGAGAGUGCCUCUCUCCUCCACUGCCAUGGCUUCCUCCAGUAGUUUAAGGGUGCUGGGAACUGUAGCUCUGUGAGGGGCGAACUACAGUUCUCAGGAUUCUUUGGGCGAAGCAGUGUGCAUGAAAUAUAUGGUGUGGAUUUGACCUUAGUUGGAGAAAGCUAAGGAUCUGCAUCUAUGUAGAUCUGCAUGAGUUUUUGUAACAAUAUUAAUUAUAGUUAUAAUAAUGCCUUUGUGUUUGUCUUCUACUAUUGGAGAAAACUAAAGACCUGCAUCCGUGAGGCUUUCUAAUGCUCCAUAUGUGUUGUUGUUUUUCUCCAUCACAGAAUCUCCUACUGUCUGACUGCUUUUAUUCAUUUUAUGAUCUGCGCAAAGAGUUUCAUGACUGCUACCCUAAUGUGGCCCCCGUGAAAGACCAAACUAUCCAGUCUAUGGCAGAAUGUAUCCUUUCUCUUGCUCCUUCUAAAGUUGGAUUGGCUCUUUGUGUUGAUACAGGUCCCAGUGGCCCUACCAACUUUUAAUCCAGUGGGGUGAUUUCUUCUCCCCACUUUUAAGGAAAAGGAAAACUCUUUUCUUUUUUAGUAUAAUUGUGUGUCCUUGUAGCUCGUGAAACCCUUUGCCCUGUUUUCCUGAACAUGCUGUCUAGAUAUAGGCUUUAGGAUUAACGAAGCAGAGGAAGAUUUUGGAGUGUGGCAAGUGAAAGCCAUGGUGGCCAUUAUUUUCAGCAUGCUGCCGGAUACAUGUGGUAGGUGGAAACAAUUGCUUCUGCUGAAUGUGGGCACUUUUCCACCAUGGCUGACAAAUGCCAGUUUUUCUCUCUUCAAUCUUCUGGGUGCAUUUCCAUUUAAAAAAUAAAGUAUUUUUUAAUGUGUUUUGAUCAGUUGCAGAUCACAGGUUCACUGUCCCAGAAACUGUGAAAUACAAGUAUGAAACUGGACCCUGGUAAGUAGUAGCUUCACAGUGCAGCAAUGGGUACAUGAUUGGGAGGGGGUGCAAACAUCUCUGUCCCCAAGAUGAUUCUGUCACCCUGGUGUGAGGAACCAUUGGCCCUCUAUAUGUUGCUGAACUACAACUCCCAUCAGCCCCCAUAAGCAUGGCCCAUAGCCAGGGAUGAUGGGAGUUGCAGUCCAACUACUUCUGGAGUGCCAAAGCUUCCCCAUACCUGGUGCAUCCCAUGAAUCUGGUUUCUUUUGAUUUCUAGACCUUCUGAUUCUAGAUAGAGUUUCUUUGUUGGUGGGGCAGGGAAAGAAUAGGUCAAGGUGGUGCAAACAUGUACAUAAAUCUAAAACAAGUUGGGCACUUCUGUUUUUGCUCAUUUUAGCAUUCAUAUAUGAGUUUUCCCAAAGUGGUUAGUGUGCUCAAGUUUAAACAAAAGAAAAAUUCCCAGUGUUUGCAUCAGAAAUUGCAGUGGGUAUAACCAAAUGUAAUAUAUAAAUCUUGACUAAAUUAAACACUUGCUUUAAAAAAAAGAGCCAGCCUAAAUCUUUCAGGAAGCUCAUUUUUGCUAAUACGAACAUAAUCAGUGGGCUACCUAUAAGUUCUGGAUUAUAUAAUUCCCAUCAUCCCAUCAGCUGAGGCUGAUGAUAGUUGAGAAUCCCAACAACCUGUGGAGGGCCACAGCCUUUUCCAAACUUGCAUACACACACACACACACACACACACACACACAUACACACAUAUGCACUCUUUAUUCCAGUAUAUCACAGGUAUGUAUUUGAGGCGGUGGGGUUGAAGGGGAGCCUUCAUAAGUCUUCCAAAUAUAAGUGCUUGUUUCUUUUUUCCACAAGCACAUAAAAGAGUUUGAUCCAUUAUUUUAGUGGUGUUUUCUUUAAACACCAAACUUGUUAUGAGAAGAAUUUGUCCAUGUUGCUGAUACAACUUAUUCCUCAUAAGACAUGGAAUCCCAGUGGGCCACAGUAAAAUGUUUUGCAUGAAUCCAGAACAUGUUCCCCAUUUUUUCCCAUGCAUCUAAGAAACCUAUACGUUGAUGCAGAUGUGGCCUUUGACCCUCCAGCAGCUUGGAUGCAAUAAUACCAAAAUAAUUAAAGCACCUAGACACCGAUCGUUACACCAUUGCAAUCAGACCUUUAGAUACCUUUACUCAUUUUUGCCUGUUGCAUUAAAAGUUAAUCAGCCCCUCGUAAGGUUUUUCUCACAGAAUAUCCUAUAUUCUUUUCUUUCAGUCCAAAGGGAUGGGGGAAAGGAGCAGUUAUACUGUAGAACUGUAUUGCAAACUACAGUUGGACGUAAUGUAAGCAAUGAAAGGCAGGCUGCCUCAAAUUGUGUGGGAAGGUUUGGGGCAUGCUUGGUCUUUGCACUUGUGCUGCCACCAGAGAGAGAGAGAGAGAUGACUACAUGAAGGGACAACUGUGUUUAUCUUGGUGCUCUUUCUGAGCUUCUUGGAAGUCUCCUGCCUUGCAGGCUGCCUCGAGUCAAGGGCUGCAACCUCUCUUGAGGCAACCUUCUCAGCGGGCAUUUGCACACUUUGCUCUUCACUCUUAUUGUUAGUGUGUCUCUGACUGAGUGUGCAUUUUGUCAGGCUGAAAUGAAAUCGUCAGGAGUGUAUUCACUGUAUUAGUGAAUGGGCAGUUGGCAUCCAGGCCAGCUGACUGACAACUUGCUUCAGCAGGAGCUUGAGAAUUUCCCCUUCCCCAGCCUUUCCUCAGUCCCAUUUCCUGGGUCACAGGAUGUGUGGUUGUUUUGCUGGGUUCUUAAGAGAUGGAGAAGGGUGUGAUUGGAUUGCUUUAAAUUAAAAACACGCAAAUAAGCUAAUAUGGCAAGCAGGGGAAGGGAGAGAAAAAAGCCACAGGCAAAUUUACAGAUGGACACAGGCAGAUGGACAACAGGGGGCUUCCUGCAGCUUGUCAAAUCUUUUGGCUGGUUUGAUUUCUGAUAGUGUGCUGUUUUUCUUUUAUUGCAUUGGAUAAUCUGGAUUCUCUUUUUUUUCUUAGAUGUGUUAUAUAUUCUGUGCUGUAUCACAGUUACUAAGGGGGUUCUUUUAUUGUAUGUGCUGUUUAAUCUUUAAGCAGAAAAGCAGUAUCUUUUUUUGUUGUUGUUAAAAAUGUGAUAGUGAAAUGGCGAAAUUUGUCCUUUACAGUGGUGCCUCGCAAGACGAAAUUAAUUUGUUCUGUGAGCUUUUUCGUCUUGCGAAGCACGGUUUCCAUUUUUUCAAAAAUAGUCUUCAAAAACCUCAAAAAAGGCUACCACACCGCGUGCUAUGAGUUGCUCCUCGAAAAGUCGCAACUGCACCUCUUCAAGCAAUGCACCCUGUAUUACUGUAACGGUUUUAAGAAAAAGGAAACAAACUUGCAAGACGUUUCUGUCUUGCGAAGCAAGCCCAUAGGGAAAUUCGUCUCGCGAAGCAACUCAAAAAACCAAAAACACUUUCGUCUUGUGAGUUUUUCGUCUUGCGAGGCAUUCGUCUUGCGAGGUACCACUGUAUUUGGGAGGUGGCAGUGUCUUGAAUGGCAUCCAUUUUCCAUUGCUCAAAGCAGGGACUCAAGCUGCCUCCUUAUACUGAAUCAAAUCGUUCUUCUAGCUCAGUGCUAUCUACACCAGGGGUAGCCUCUAAAUGUUUUGGCUGUGCAGGAAAGAGCAAUUGCAAUAGCCUUGCCAGUCCAGUGUGCACCUAUGUUUUGCUUUGAAUGCACUAUCUUGGAGCGGUGUCUUUCGCUUCCUGCAAGCUCAAGCUCAUGUUUCAUUUCACAUCCUGGCUGGGAUCCAAAGAGCUAUUUUCAUCCAGUGGAAUGGUUUGCACUUCCCCCUCCUUGAAUAUCCGAAUUCUCCCAUCCCAUAUCACAAGCUCUCUCACAUUUAAAACUAUGUGGACACCUGAGUUAGCAGGAUGUGUUAUUGUUCAAGAAACGCAAGCACACAGAUGCUUGGGUUGCACAAAACUCAUUGCGUAGUUCUUUGGCUCCUGGCCUCCAUUGUGAAAGGGGUUGAGGCUCCCACUCCAGUGGCUGAAGUUGUGCACACCGGAAUUGCCAAAUAGCAUAAUAUGUUUUGUAGAAAGAACUCAACACUGGUGUGCUUAUUACAUGGUUGCUUGCAGCAUAGUUUAAAAAGAAUUGUGGAGUGCUUGGAUCAGUUGCUGAUCUCAAACCUCCUCCUUUUUCUUUUCCACAGUAGUAAAUCAGAAGCAGUGGACAGCGAAACAGUAAUACGUGCCAGAGGGCUCCCUUGGCAGUCUUCCGACCAGGACAUUGCUCGGUUUUUCAAAGGCCUUAAUAUUGCCAAGUAAGAUCUGCUGUAAAGUUCCCUGUUCAGGAUGCAGUGCUAUUUGACUUCAUUGCUACAAAUUCGUAUGUGUGUUACAUUUUCCUGCUGAAGGAUUCCGAGCACUUGGGAGAGAAAGAGGCUUUUAGGCUGUCAGCCCAUAUGACUUGAGAAGUCAAGAGACAAAUAGGCCCCAGCUGAUAUAAGGGCCCUUAGGGUUGCAGCCUUAGCUGUCUACUCAAGUCCCAAACUUUACUGCAGCGAUGGACAACCUCUGGCCAGGGGGCUCUGGCUGACCCUCAGGGCACUCCCUGCCCUCCACAGACCUGUGGCAAGCUCUGCACCUUUCACAAGUGCUUUCCCCUGCUGGAAUGUGUUCUUGAAUAGUGAUGUUGCUUCUGGCUUGCUUUGAUGGGGGACAGAAGGGGGGCGGUGUCUGACUUUUGCAAGGUUGGGAAUGUAGCUUGAAGUACCAAGCUAAGAGUCAGAUCCAUUGUUCUGACCAAUUUUGCCUCUCCCCCCCCCCACACCAAUGUAUGUAGCCCCUGGAAUGUUCCCAACAAAUCAAUGUGGCCUUUGAGUUGAAAAAAUGUUCCUGCUUUUCCUUAAAUAUGUCUUGCAUCCAUGCACUCUGCCCUGGAAGAAUAAAAGAGUAAUUGGUUUUUUCAGGAUGUAGAUGAAGUCAUCCUUGUUCAUCUUUUUUGUGUGUCUCCCUGCUAGAGGUGGGGUGGCCCUGUGCCUGAACGCCCAAGGAAGGAGGAAUGGAGAGGCCCUGGUGCGAUUUGUCAACUCUGAGCAGAGAGAUUUGGCCCUAGAGCGGCACAAGCACCACAUGGGUAGCAGAUACAUUGAGGUACAUCUCUUGGGUUCAGGUCUGAAUGCUUUUGGAUGUUGUUAGCAUCUGUGGUUUGUACAAGAAAAAGUGCGGAAUGGAUGAAUAAAUGAAAAGAAACAGAUUUAUCUUUACUAGGUUUCCUAUUUCAACAUUAAAUCCAAGCCAUUGUCAAAUAAUACUAGCUGUUUGAUCUAACAUCACCCAAAAAGAGAGUACAUAUUUCCAUAAAACGUGCAUGUGCUAAUUUGCAGGUAAAGAUGGAAAUUCAGUAAUAAUUAACUACAAUUGAAAUAGAAUUGAGAUGCUAUGAUUUAAAUGGAUGCAUCUCAUCCUAGUGGGGAAUAAAAUGGAGGACUGUCCUCUGUAAAAUAGGACAUGUGGUCAUGUUAAUUUGAGGGAUCAUCAAUAUGUGCCCACAGGGUCCCCUCCCCUCACUCCUCCCUCUGCUGUAAUUAGGCUUGGAAGACGCAUUUUGUGUUAACCAGUGUAAAAGGUUGCUCUGUGUGUGGUGCUUCUGGGCCCAGAAGGUUUGCUGACCUCUGCAUUAUCAGAUCAGUAAAAUGUGUUUUGCAUGCACAGAAGGGUUAAAAACCUGUGUGUCAAAAAAAAAAAAAAAAAAAAGUCCAGAAGUUAUGCAAUGCUAAUGUUGUUCAGAUUUAGUAGUAUAAUCUGUUGCACCAACACAGGACUUUAUUUUUUCCUUUCUUUACUUCAGGUUUACAAAGCAACUGGGGAAGAAUUUUUGAAGAUUGCUGGAGGUGAGAAGUUUGGAAUAAACCUUGUCAGCUUUGCCAUUGAAAGUUUGCUGUUGUGAAUGUGCGAAAACAAAAUAAAUUUACAGUGUACUAUCCAUGCUCCAUUAGCUUCCUGGUUAGACUACUGCCAUGCACUUUACCUGGGGCUGCCUUUGAAGGCUACUUGGAAACCGCAGUUAGCUCAGGAUGAUGUGGGAUUACUAGCUGGGACUGGGCAUUAUGACAAUAUCGCUAACUGCACUGGCUCAGUUUCCAGGCCUGCUUGUGAAAUAAUUAGCAGUAAACAAGAAAGACCUGCCUCAAAGAGUUACCCCCGUAAUGUAUUGUAAUGCUAGACUGUGCUGAAGUGUGCAAGUGCAGGAGAACUGAGUGCUUGACAGUACUUUACAGAUGCCAUUGAAUGGUCGGUAAUGUUUGAUAGGGUUGCAACAUUUUAACCAAUCGCAUUAGAUCAAGGGUUGUUGACCAGUGGCCCUCCAGGCACUCUUGGACUCCAGCUCCCAUCAGCCCCAGUCAGUGUGGCAAAUGGUGAGGGAUGGUGGGAGUUGAUCAGCAACAUCAAGAGUGUCCUAGGUUCCCCAUCCCUGGGUUAGACGAAUUCAUUUUGAAACACUUUUGAUCAUCUUAAAAGUUGCUUCAAAAGUUGGGGAAAGUAUCUCAACAAUCGAGCAUCUAUCCUGCAUGCAGGUUCCAGGAUCAAUCCCUGGCAUCUCCAGGUAGGGCUGGUGAUGCCCCUUUCCUGAAACCCUGGAAAGCUGCUGCCAGUCAGUGCAGACAGUACUGAGCUAGAUGGACCAAUGGUCUGACUUGGUAUAAGGCAACUUCCUAGGUUCUUUGGUCCAGUUAAUUAAAUGCCAGGUAUGUGUAAAAGAGAUAUAGCAAAUUAUUGUAACUCUUCACCCCCUACCCACCUGCAGGUACCUCCAACGAAGUAGCUCAGUUCCUCUCCAAGGAGAACCAAGUCAUCAUCCGGAUGCGAGGUCUCCCUUUCACAGCCACGCCUGAGGAUGUCCUGGGGUUCCUGGGACCCGAGUGCCCCGUCACAGGAGGGAAGGAGGGGCUUCUCUUUGUCAAGUAUCCAGACGGCCGGCCUACGGGAGAUGCUUUCGUCUUGUUCGCCUGUGAAGAGUACGCGCAGAAUGCACUUAAGAAACACAAGGAGAUCCUGGGGAAGCGAUACAUUGAGCUCUUCAGAAGCACGGCAGCAGAAGUCCAGCAGGUUGGAGCACUUGUCCAAUUCUGUGUAUAUGGGGGGGGGGGAGAAAAGUGGCUCAUCACUGUGUCACAGGAAACUGCAAUGUCUGGAGGGCCAGAGGUUCCCCGUUCCUUUCUUGGCAAGAAGCUGCAUUUCUGCUAUGAGGUGACUGAGGGCAAACAGAGGUUGUUGGUGGGCCAGGGCCCCAUUCGCCCAACCUCCACUGCUUCUUUCUUCCAUCCUACCAGUAGGAGCUUUGACUUCCAUGCAGCCAAAGCAAAGGUCAGGGGCAGGGCUGCUAUUUCUUGCUGAGGCCUUUGCUUCCCCUUCUUUGUCACACAAGCCAGCAAGUACCAGAAUUCAGUCCAGUCUUGUUCUUUCCCCACUUGCAAGGGCAGGGACCUCCUGAAUGAGAGCCAACCUGGGUUUAGCACCCAAGUGUCACUAUUGUGAAGAAACAACUGCUAGGUAGUGGAAGGUGGAGAAUUGCUAUACCGAAACUCAUCAUCUUGGGGUCAGGUUGGUGCAUCCAUGUAAGGCAUUAUUUAUUGAACCUCUUUUAGGAGCAGACAAAGCUGUGUUAUACUGAGUCACGUGUAAACUUAAGAAGCUGCCCUGAUAAAGGGCCAUCUCGAUCAGUAUUGACCUAGAACAUGUCCAUCUCAUUGGUCUGGCACAUGCAGGUUCCAUGUCUGUGCAGUUAUUCCAUUGAAUCUGUUCUUAUUAAAAGCAGUGACUGAUAAACAGAAAAUGCAUAUGCAGACGCUGCUGACAUGGAAUCCUAUUUUUAACAAGCUAGGAGUUCUUGAACAGGAAAAGAAGGCAAUCUAAGCUCAAACCCAGAGCAGGAGCUGUGCUAGGCUGUAAUCCUAACCACAUUUUCCUGGGAGUGAGUCCCAUUGAACUCAGUAGGACUGACUUCUGAGUGGACAUGUUUAGGAUUGCACUAUUGUUAGCCUGUUGCAGCAGAAGCCACUAAAGCCUCACCAAGCCUUCUGUAACCUGUUGCCCUCCAGUGUUAACUUCCAUCACUGCCCCCCCCCCCCCCAGUCAGCACAGUUACUGAUGGGAGUUCUGGUCCAGAACAUCAGGAGAGCAACAGGUUAGGGCAAGGCUGACCUCACAGAUUUUUGUGUGUGGCUGAAUAGCUAUGACCGAACAAGUGCAUUACCAGACAGCAGCCACUUUAUUUGCUGCUCUGCCUCCCCCUUGUCCUCUUUUAAUCAGCUUUUGAACAAUGGGCCUCAACAGGCAGCUUGUCUCCAAUUAUUUCUGUCUGGUUUCUGUCUGUUGGGAGGAACCCAAGAGGGAGAAGCUUCAGAAAGUAGCUCAUGGGAACUGGGAGGCAAGGGGACCAGUGAGAAGCAGAGAUUUCCCUUGGCCCAGAUCUGGCAAAUGAUAAUAAGCAAUCUUUCUGCAAGUGGGAGCUGGUGGUAGUUGUUGUGUUUGCACUCUCUUUGUGUGUGUGUGUGUGUGUGUGUGUGUGUGCGCGCGCGCGCACACACGCUUUUUGGAACAUGUAAUGUCAUUUCAUGGAGGCUUUCCUUGUCAUUAAAACAAAAGGGUUGAGCAGGGCUCAAGUUAUAACAGCUAUCUGUAGCAUUUAACCAACUUUAGCAGUUGGUUACUUUUCAUUUAUUUUCAAAUUAUGUCUGUACCACUUAAAUGUAAUGAAACAUAAUAACAUACCAAAGAAAAACCAGGGUUCAGGUGUCAUAAUGCGUCUGAGGCAGGUAACCAAUAUCACUUCCUGCAUGAUUAGAGGGAAGAGCAUCGCAAGCUAAGCAGUGUGGCAAGGAGAGGCUCGCACUGGUUUUUCCAAGGAUGUCCCAAAUUAAUCUGUGGCUCAUACUUCUAUUUUUUGGGGAGCUUGUUCAAAGCAAGCAAGGAUAUCAGAGGCUGCUAGUCUGCAGUGCUUGUUGUUUUUGGCAGCUGGACAGUGUGCACACCCUUUUGUUCAGAGUCCUUGCUCACUUUGUAGGUGCAACGUGCCCUGACCCCCUUCCCUUCUGUGUAUAUGAUGUAAAGGUGCUGAUGUAAUGUGGGCUGGGAUUGUACCAAUAAUGAGCAGUUGAGAGAGUGGCGCAUUUCUUCCCACUUAGUACAGCUUGUUGCUCAUCAGACUCAUUUAAGUUUCUCUCUCCCUUUCUUUCUUUCUUUCUUUCUCUCUCUCUCUCUCUCCUGGGUCAUGGAAAUGAUGCACUAGCUGCUUUUGGACUAUCAUAUUUUUGCUUUAAUAAACCAAGAUACAAACAACCCUGUGAUUAAGGGAACAAGCAAACCAAGAAGUCUUCAGUUUUCUACAGUUUCCUAUUUUGUCCAAGCUAGGAAAUGAACAAGCUUUGGAACAAGCCAGAAACCCAUCUUCAAACCGUGGUUUAAUAUCCUGGCUUGUUCUGGAGUAAUUAACUGUUGUUUCGUGGUUUGGGUGAAAUGAGAAAUUAUAGUUAACUGAAGAGUUCCUGGCUUGUUUUUCUUGCUGCACUGGGAAGAGUGAAGGGGCUGGAUAAGUAACCCAAGGCUUGUCCAUAUCUUGGCUUGUCAAACUGAGAUACGGUGGUCUGCAGCAACCCAUUGCAGGACUCUUUCUUAAUUUCCUUGGGGUGAUUCCCCAAGCAGGAGAAGAUCUACCUGCUUAGUUUUACUCCUAUAUCACUUACUUGCUCCCAUCAGUGCUCACAGCUGAGGUUUCAUAAUGCUGGCUAGAUCCCCCCUCCCCUGGCUGCAAACAGGUGUCUUGUGCUGCCAAGUGCAAAGUGUAGCAUGGUGUCCUCUAGCUCAGCUGUGGGGAAACUUUGGCCCCUCCAGAUGUUGGUGAACUACAACUCCCAUCAGCCCCAGUAAGCACAGCAAAUGGGCAGAGGUGAUACAUUUUUUCUGAACUGCAUUCUACAUAUAUAAAUUGGAUUUCCAAAUUCUUUUAAAAAUUGUAAGGGGAGGAUUAAAAAAAAAGUUAAAGUAUCGAUUGGUGUGGGUGGGUGGGUGGGUGUUGCAAUUUUUGUUGCCUUAACUGGAUUAUAGUCAUCAAAAUGCAAUGCUCUCCCCAGUGUGGCCUGCCUGGCACUAACAUGGACUUUUGGUGCCAGGCAAAGAUGUCCCUCUUCUCCUGUGCAUUUGAGAGAAUAUGGUUUUUAUUGCUAUUUCUGUGUAAUAUUGCUGUUUUGUUGCUAAACUUGAUAGUGGUUUUUAAUUGCAUGUUUAAGUCUUCCAGAGACCUUUUGUAUUGGGUCAUGACAAACAAAUUGCAUAAAUGAUAAGUGGCAUAUUUUGAUCAACAAAUCUCUGUGAAACAGAGCUUGUUGCAAGUGAAAGCGCACCUUCCUAGCAACAUUUCUGUUUCACUGUGCCUUAUCAGAACAGUUGCAGCUGGAUUUUUAAGUUCAGUAUCCAUUCCUCAGUUUAUGACAUAUUGAGUCCUGCUUAAGUCACACUCUGGACCACAGCUGAACAACUGCUGGCCCAGUUUGGAUUAUCAUAUUCAGUUUUAAUUAGCCUUUUACCUGUGCAUGCAUCCCCUUUGAUCCUCCCUUUGUAGCCCGAACAGUCAAACCAGGAAGUCUCUAAUUAACCAUAGUUUCCCAUUUCAACGGAACUGGAAAACUAUAAUUACCACAUUUGAAACAAGACAGGACAUUAAGCCACAGUUGGAAGCUGGUUGGCUAUCAUUUUUUGUUCUGAAGUUGGUGGUUUGUAUCUUGCCUGUUUGGAAAAACUAGAAAACAAUUACUUCCUAGUUCAAUUUGCUUGCCUCAUUGAAGGAGAUGGUGGAUCAAAAGAGCUUUGUGUUUGUUUAUGCAAAAACCUACUCGGCUAUUCUUGUUCAAACGUGGCUACUGUGUUUCCUAAGAUGUGAACUUCUAGUCUUGUUCUUUGGGUUAGUUUGCAGUCUGGAGCUGCUCUGUGUGAUGCUUUUGCCCUUCUGAGUUCUUGGUUUUAUUUUAACUUUGGUUUGUAGCGCAUCACCUGCCAAGGGUUCAGGGUGGGAAACAGCAAUUUCAUAUGAGUGAGAAAAUAGGAGGAGAUCUUCUGGAUAAGGCCAAAGGUCUUUCGAAUCCAGCUUUCUGGUCUUGCAAGUAGGACUUGAAUGCCACAGCGCUCUCCCCUCCUGUGGUUUCCAGAAACUGCAUUCAGAAGCACACUGCUUGUGGCAGUGGAGGGUGGAACACAGCCAUCAGGGUUAGGUUUAAAAAAAAAAAAGAUUUAUUGUAACUUUACGCAUAACAAAAAAAUAAAAUCAGCAAUCUAUGCAUAAGCAAAAACCAAUCACUUAUUUUCCAGUGAAUAAAUAAAUCCCCCAAACAGACAACAAAAUCCAAUCUGCAGCAAGAGGGAAAAACCGUAACACAUAUUAGACACGCAUCCUCUAGAUCUACCGUACUGAAUAAAACUUAUCCAGUUUUUCAUAAAUAAAUCUUUGUUGUUGCUUACUCCUUGAAUGAGCAAUUCUGCCCAUGGCAGCGUAUUCCAAGAAUUUUGCACGCCAAUCUGUCACAUGCGUUAUAGAGGGUUGGUAUCAUUCAACAUUCAGUUUCAUCUACGGCUGCCUUCUGACUAUGCCUUCCAUCUUGGCAAACAUCCCUUUUACUCAGCCCUGCUUGCUUCUGUUUUGUUUCCGCCCCUGAUUCUUUGCCAACAGGUCCUCAACAGGUACAUGUCGACGCCUCUCAUCCCCACCCUCCCCACACCUAUCAUCCCCGUGAUGCCACCUCCGUACACCAUCGCUGCUGGCAGCGUGCGAGACUGUGUGCGGCUUAGAGGCCUGCCUUACACGGCUGGGAUCGAUGACAUCCUGGAGUUCAUGGGAGACGCUACUGCAGACAUUAAGCCACAUGGAGUCCACAUGGUCCUGAACCAGCAGGUAUGGGAAUUCAAGAUGGUUUUUCUAGGGUUUCAGUUAGAAAUGGGUGGAGAUACUGAAUUUGGCCAUCAGAGAAACAACCCAAGAGCUCCCAACUUCUUCAUUUAUGUAAUCUCCAGAGAAGGCCCAAUCAAUCAAGCUGGGAUACGAACUGCCCAGAACAGAAUCCUCCCGGGGGGGGGGAUCACAUGAUCCCAGAGAACCAAUCAUGUGUAUUGCCUUUUAACAUCUCUUUAAAUAUUGAUGCUUUCAAUAUUUUAGACAUGUAAAUUGUGCAGCGAUCAACGGAAUAAUUCCUUUAAGAAUUAAAAAUAAAGCUCUGCUUAAAAAGGAUAAUAUGCUAAAAUUACUGAUGGGACCAAUGACUACAAAAGUGGGGAGAAUGCCCUGUUUGACUUCUCUUCCAUCCCCUUGCCUGGUUUUUUCUGUCUUCCAGGGCCGUCCCUCUGGUGAUGCUUUUAUCCAGAUGAAAUCUUCUGACCGGGCUUUCCUGGUGGCCCAGAAGUGCCACAAGAAGAUGAUGAAGGACCGUUACGUGGAAGUGUUCCAGUGUUCAGGAGAGGAGAUGAAUUUUGUUUUAAUGGGUGGCACUUUAAAUCGUAGUGGCUUGUCUCCGCCACCAUGUAAGUUACCAUGUAAGUCUCCCAAGUUCUUCUGCUCUCUUCUGUGCUGCUAACGGGGGACGCUCUGGUAGGUGCUGAUGGCGCUGCGGUGGGGGUCUUGCCCUCUCUGUCUUGGGUUGAGUUGCGGUCUGUAAUCACCCCUCCGUGGAUAGGCUGGGACUGGAAGCUGGGCCCCAAAUCAGAUGUGAUUCUGAAGCUGUUAGGGCUGUCAACCGCUUCAAUAAUUUUAGCUGAUUGAUCACCUGCCUUUUAACUAUACUUUUGAUUUAUUUAUCUUAAUGAAUUAAGUAUGUGUAUCAGCAACCUCUCAGUGUAGGUGCCUUUUUUUAGGAAGUCAAGGGUAUCUUAUUAUUUUUAGGGGGGAGGAAACUGUCACUCAUUGCUAGAAGGGAAGGAUAUCUAUAAUAAACUUUCAUAGCCCUAAUAUAAGCAUACCCAGGGCAUGGUCUUGAGGGCACAUGAUAGAGCAAAUUUGCUUAUCCUCCAUGAAUUUGUCCUAUCCUCUUUUAAUCCUCAUGAACCCCUAUCCUGAGUUUCAUUUGUUUUGUAUGUUUGUUUAUAAGAUUUGUUACCUGCCUUUCAUCAUAAGGUCCUAAGAUGGGUCACAACAAUAUAAUCAUACAAUUAAAAACAAGUACUGCAAAGCCAUUUUUUAAAAUAAAUCAUAAAAUGCAUAACAAUUCUAAACAAAAGCAGCACAACAUAGGUUAAACAAAACAAAAGAAGUGCCCCCACCCCAAAAAAUAAACAUGUCAAAAGCUGUAGCAACAAGGUACAGCUUCAGCAUAGAAUCAUGCAGCCAUAGCAUUGUAGAGUUGGGGGUCCCAAGGGUCAUCUAGUCCACCCCCCAGCAAUGCAGGAAUGACAGCUGAAGACUCCCUGAUAGAUGGCCAUCCAGUGGAAUACAGUGGAAGCUGAGUCAUGAUAGUGUGUAGGUACAUCUUUGUGGAGAGUGAGUUCCACAAUUUGGGGCUACCACGAUUCCCCACACUUCAGAUGAAGGUGGUGGAAUUAAGAAGAGAGCCCCCAUCUCAAGCCAAUCUUAACACCAAAUAAGGUCUGUAGGAAGUUCAAUAAUGGAAGAAAGGAAAGACAGAAAUGUAAUAAAGAUUAACGCUUGCCAGUUAAAACUGACCUGAACUGUUCUAACCAGCUAACAGUGCAAUGUACGUUUAUUAGAAAGUUAAGUCCUGGUAAGUUCAGUCGGACAUAGAAUCAUAGAAUCAUCGAAUCAUAGAGUUGGAAGAGACCACAAGGGCCAUCGAGUCCAACCCCCUGCCAAGCAGGAAGCACCAUCAGAGCACUCCUGACAUAUGGUUGUCAAGCCUCUGCUUAAAGACCUCCAAAGGAGGAGACUCCACCACACUCCUUGGAAGCAAAUUCCACUGUCGAACAGCUCUUACUGUCAGGAAGUUCUUCCUAAUGUUUAGGUGGAAUCUUCUUUCUUGUAGUUUGGAUCCAUUGCUCCGUGUCCGCUUCUCUGGAGCAGCAGAAAACAACCUUUCUCCCUCCUCUAUGUGACAUCCUUUUAUAUAUUUGAACAUGGCUAUCAUAUCACCCCUUAACCCAACAUGCCCAGCUCCCUUAGCCGUUCCUCAUAAGGCAUCGUUUCCAGGCCUUUGACCAUUUUGGUUGCCCUCCUUUGGACACGUUCCAGUUUGUCAGUGUCCUUCUUGAACUUACCCCCAGGAAAGUCUACAUAGGAUUGCAGCCAGUGGAACAUACUUUUAAGUAUGCUUAGUUUCAUUGUAUAGUGUUAGAUGAUGGGUUGCAAUGGUUUCUUAGGCUUGCAGCCCUGUAUUUUAAAAUAUUUUGGGGGUAUUGGUAGCUAGAGAUGCUCCCCAAAUUAUUAUGUACUUUGCUUUUGUUGGGGGACUGUGUUAACCUCAUUACCGGAAAAGAAAACUCUGCAAUAAAUUUCACCUUUAGUAGAGCUUGCUUGGCAAUUACAUUUUUUGUGCUUUUCUUUUUUUAAUUGAAGCAAUUUGCUCUGCAGCUGCCAAUGAGAUUAAUCUCCUCCUGCCUCUUUGCAGUAGGGAGGUGCUGGUCUUCAGGGACACAGCUUGUUGUUGAAGACAGAGCAUCUAUUGGGACAAGGGUUCUGAUGGACCAAAACUGAGUGAUGAAACGAUGCAUUUUCAUGGUCUUAAAACACUUUAUAAACAGUGUGGCUGGAUUCAUUGCACACCAAAGCAAUGAUAUCUGCAGCUUAGCAUUUGGGUUUUGUUUUGUUGGAGGACAAUAAAAGGGUGGCUUAAGAGCCAGAACUUGAAAGUGUGGGUAGGUGACUUCCACAUUUUGCUAGACAGCUCGUGGCUUAAAAUGUAGUUGAGAGAAGGAUUGUGAAAAAAUAAGGACCAGUUGUUUCCAGGGCUAAAAGCAACUAUUGCUGUUUUGAUGCCACAGUGACUGUUGAGCUUAUACUGCCAAGCCUACCAAUCUAAGUUGCUUUUUAGAGACAGGAGGAAAAACAACAGCCAGAAAAUAAAGCCCCAAGAGGACACAUCAAGCUUUCCAAUAAAGUAGAAUAUGCAGUGCGGGUCCAUUUAUAAUAAGCACAACAUACAAUAAGGCCUACAAAUGCAUAAAUGUUCUUGUAACAUACUGCAAUGAACGCACACAUCCGUGAACUACUUUCAGUAAAGUAACUCAGCAAUACAUUUGCUGGCUUUUAACACAUAUUAGAAGAAAUGGUUCACUCAUGUUUAUACUUAAAUCAAGAUGCUGGGCCUAGUCAGUGGGUUAGAUCUUGACCUUCCCAAAGCCCAAUGGGCAAUUUUAACUGGUGGGCGGAGUCAUCUGUCACCUGUUCCUUUUCCUUUUCCUGGGUGGCUUGAAACAAACCAUGCGUGUCAAAGGCAUGGGGAUUUUCAGGUGCUGCUGAUCAAUAGUAAAAUCAGCUUUUGGGAGGGAGGCACAUGUCACGUAUGACAUCAAGGACAUGGCUUGGGGGAAAUGGCCAAAAUAAGCCUGUGGGACUGAGGAUCCCCACCACUGACUUAAAACAAUGAGAACCAGAAACUUGCCUUGCUACUCCCGAGAAAGGACAAAAAACCCGCGAAACUCAUUGAUGAGGAUUCUGAACAUAUGACCAUGCACUGCCCAUCACAUAAAGCUUUUGCUCACCAGUUUCACCUUUCGAAGUGUGAACUUGUACUCCACAUUUGCACUUCAUUCAUGUGGUUUGUUUGUAUAUAUCAUUUUCCACAGAUCUGUACUCAAAGUGGUUUACAAAAAAAAAAGUCAAAAUACAACACCAUGAUAAACAUAAUGUGUAAUUAAAUGUAUAAUAUCACAAUAUCCCUAACUGUUCAACAAGUAACAGUUCGCUUAAAAUAUAAAAGGAAAUGUACGCCGACAUAAAGUUUACCAGCACACCAAUUAAUUUCCCAUAGUUGCCCAAAACUUUAUUACAUUCAUGUGGCAGACACAGUUCUCCCCCUCCCCACAUUAUCCUGACAACAACUCUGUGCAGUAUGGUUAGGCUGAGAGGGAGUGACUGGCCCAAGAUCACCUGUGUGUGGAGAUUUGAACCAGGGUCUCCCAGGUUCCUUGUCACCAUUCUAGCCCCUAAUGCCAUGGCAGUAGUAACUAGCAAGUAAUGGCAGCCACUAGUAGCAAUGAUGGUAGUAACUAGCAACCUACCCCUCAAUUUUAUACCUACUCAAAAGGCUGGAACUCCACUUGGAAGUUUUCCCGCCAGCAGCUCCUGGGACAGGAUCCACCUGUCCAAUGGAUUCUGUCUUUGCUAACUUGCUUUGGGGUUUUGUUUUGUGAUCUUUGUCCACAGGUCUUUCUCCUCCAGCCUAUGCCUUCCAGACAGCUGCCGCCGUGAUCCCAACAGAAGCGGCAUUAUAUCAGUCGCAAGCGCUCUUGCCUCAAACCAGGUCCCAGCAGGCUUCGGCUGCUGUUGCCGCUGCUGCCGCUGCCGCCGCCGCUAGUCCAACUGUUACCUACUACCCAAGUCAGGCUGCUCAACUUUAUAUGAACUACACAGCUUACUACCCCAGGUACUAUCCUGUUUGGGCUGGUAACUUUUCCAGGUAGGGUGAACUUUUUGCACCUGCAUGUGUGAAACAGCCCUUGGACCUACCAUUUUCCUAUCUUUCCAGCCCACCGGUGUCCCCGACCACAGUAGGGUACAUCACAGCACCCCAAGCAGCAGUUGCAGCCGCUGCCUCAGCCACGCACACUCCAAUGCUGCCUCAGCCUGGUGCCCUUGUCCGGAUGCAGGGAUUGCCCUAUAAUGCAGGAAUGAAGGAAAUCCUCAGUUUCUUCCAGGGAUAUCAGGUUAGUCUUGGGUUUCUACCUUUGCUUCACCCUCUGUGUCACCAGGUAGCCUCUCAGCUGAGAGCUGCAGCCGGAACUUCUUGCAUCAUGCAGUUUCCGCAUUUAAUCAAGCGGCUCCUGCGGCAAAACGUUGCAGUGCGGAUCGCUCCUGUUCAGGUUUGGUGAAGGCUAACGGGAAGGAAGUCAAAGCAGGGCCACUGAGAAGGAAGAAUCUUCAUGCUGGGACAAUCCCAACAUUUGCAGAAUUUAAGUUACAAAAUUUGUUUUAAAUGAAGAAGGGACUCCUAAGGGUGCAAAGACAAACAAACCACCAACCAACAAAAAUAGCACAAGAGCUUAGUAUCUUGGUAACCACAGAAUGUUGGGUAUCUGUUGGAAAAGAGGAUUGGGAGUGAAAUGCCUUGUUCUGGAGAAAAUGGCCAGUUUGGAAUCAGGAGUACUCCUUCUAGCUGGAAAGGAUACACUUAAGGAAAGGAUCUUCUUUUAGGUCCCACUUCUUUUAUAAUUGCCAGCAGUUGUUUCCUUUGCCAGUCAUACAUGUAAAUGAAAUGGUGUCCCAUCAACCAUUUAGGGCUAAUUCCAUCUUUAUAUUACCAUCCAAUUUGCAUACAUGAGAAGCCAUUCUUCUAAAGGGGAAAAGAUGAUACAGACAAGGCUUGCAAGUGGACAAAUCUUGCAGAGAGGAAAGAUGAACGCCUUAUAAGACAAAAUUUGCCAUUCAGUUUUCAAAACAUUUGCAUUAAAUGUGGGGGGACUAACAACAACCUUAUGUUGAACUUAUUGGGAACAGCUCUCUUUUAUUUUUAAGUCUAGGGAUGGGGAACCAUUUUCAAACCAAGGGCCAUAUUCCCUUCUGGGCAACCUUCUGGUGACUGCAUGCCAGAGGCAAAAGUGGAUAGAGCAAGAAUGUGGUUUAUUUUUAACCUUUGUUAUGGUUGGCUAGUUUCUCCAUACACUCAGCACAGCCCUCUAUCCUCCAGGUAUGCAAGAGGCAUUGUCAGAGAUCAAGGAAACAUUCUGACCUGGGAGAAUUUCCCCCCAGGCCUGAGAUUUCCCACCCCUGUUUUAUUCUAUCCAGAUGCUUUUGAUCAAUUCAAAGUUGCAGCUGUAAAAAUGAUAAAAAAUGGGAAUAAUUUAUUAUUUUCAGUGUGCGUUAUUUUCUGUUUUGUUUCCUCCAAACAACCAUUCUUAUGUGAGAAUACUUGUGUGCUUUCAUCAUCCUUCUUUAGGUCCUCAUUCUUGCCAAACAGGUGUUCUUACAAAUUAUAAUCUUCCCCCAAAUCUCCUUAAGCAGCCCUACCCUAUUCAAGGGUCUCUCGAAAAAUGAAUUCCUCCUUAUCUCAUUCUGUAAUCUAUUUCUGAACUCGGCCUGCGCUGCUACACCUAAUUGAAUUAUCUUCUCGCUGUUUGUCAUGCUUAGAACUUAGUGCUGUAUUUGGAGGCAUUGCUGCCAUUGGCCAGUGUGGAUCAGUGUGAGAAUGAUUGAUUGAAUCGGGUUGGGAUGCAGGGGAGGUUAUUUAAAGGGUGUUGCCCUGACAGUUUGAAAGUGUGACAUCUUGCAUAGAAGCUAAAUGACUCUAGAUUACACUGUUCUGCAUUUCUCAAGGGUGCUGUCUGGGCCCAUUACAGUGUCACAGUUCUUACUGUGCAGCAUAAGGCAGUUUGUAGCAUGGUGCACAUAGCUGAAACAUAAAUUCUGACUUCCCACUGCAGUAGUAUUGAAGCUUGCUUCUGUAAGGCUGGUGGAAGGGUUAUAAUAAAUCCUUGCAGCAAAAUAACAUAGAGUCUGUUCUAUUUAUUCACUAGUGAAGAGUGACUGGCAUUGCCCAUGUAUCUUUAGAAACCCAAAAAAAUGUGAUUUUUAAAUGGAUAGUGCAGGUUGUAAAUUUGGACCCAUCACACCAAAAAUUGGGGUGAAGUCACACCAAGGUCACAUUUUGGUCUGCCAUCGUGAUUCAAAAUGGUGGCUGGCAUCCAAAUGCUAAAAAGACUGCCACCCCACCCUGGGAACCCUCAUGUCAAGUUUGGCAAUGGUAUAAUGAGAAGAGCUGAACCCAUGCCAAAAAAAAUACAUGAAAUCAUGGCUGAAUUGCAUUUUGGUCCACCAUCUUGUUUCAAAAUGACACCUGGUGAAGGUGUCUUCCUCAUGUCUUCUCAUGAAUAAACAAGUGCUUAAAGAGAGCUAUCCACUUCCACAUAUAUGUGCAUAUUUUUCCAACCUAUACUGAGCUUUAGUACUGCCUCACCUUCCCAGGUGUUAUUGUGUCUGACCCUGCAGCUUUUCCAAUAGGACAUGAUGACCAGAUAUCAAUGAGAAGCGGAAAGAUUGAGGGGGGCAGUGACACAAAGUGAUGGCAAAUUGCCAGAGGCAUAUGCAUUCUCUGUCUCUCUAGCUCUGGUCCCCACUUAACAGGACAGGAGACCUCAUUGUGGUGGACUUCCUUUUCUUUCAAAUAGAUGCUUGCACAAAGACAUCUUCUCUGCUCUGGGUUUCUUUAGAAACCUAACAUCUUGCACAACUUGUUCUUGAUGCAUUUCAGAAUCAUCUCCUAGUUUAUGGUUUGUCUAUAUGAUUGAGGGCGAGGAGGAGGAGGAGUGGAGAACCUCUUCUGUAUGUUGUUCUUUCUUUGGGUGUGAAACUUGAAGCCUUGGAAAAAUGAACUUUUUUGGGGGGGGAGCGUCUAGUUCUUACAAUUCUAGAGCGGUGUUUCCCAGUUUGCUUCCAAAACCGCUCUGAGAUUUGAUGUCCAAUAUCUGCGAACCAUUCGCAGGUUGUAUUUUGAAAUCAACCUUUUGUCAUCCAAUUAAAUUUUAUUUUGUUGUUUGCUUUCAUCACCCUUAUAAUAUUUAACAGUUGGUGCUUGGCAAUGUUUGACAGAUGACAUGGGGUUGCAUUUUAACACUGGGCCAUUAAUGAGGGUUCAUAGUUUGCUAAAACAUCUGGCGUUAAUUCCAGGGCUUGGUCUGACUGGUCAAGUUGCCCAACUCAGGAACUAGCUCUGCUCUGUAGAUCCAUGGACUAUUUUUUUAAAUGUUUUUAACCUGACUUAAUUAAAGGUGUGUUUUGUUUGUUUGUUUCUUAUUUGUCACAAUCGAAGAAUACAUUUUAUAGUUUUCCCAGGACACUCUGGGCUUGUAACACAGUAUGCCUUGCUGUUGCUUAACCCAGCUUUAUAGAUUGGAUCUCUGACAGUUGCAGCUUUUGUAAAGAGGCUUAUGGGUGACUUUAAAAACAUAAGUGCCACCUGGAAUGUGAUCUAAAGGUGCCCAAGCAUUAGCUAGACUUCUGAUGGUGUCCUGUAGGUUGCGCCAUGCUUUUGCUUACAUAGAUUCUGGCACCUCAGGUGGAUGCCUCCAGGGCAUGGGGACAAGGGGCUUUCCAAUGAAACAAAGGGCCUGAGAAUGUACGCUGCUCUUUGGCAUCCCCAUUCAAAACAUUGUGCUGGGGCAGACCCUUGCUUCUGACAUCCUGGAGAAAGGCAGCCAACAUAGCUUAUUGGGUAGAAUAGCACUUGCUUUGCAUGCAGAAAGUCCCAGGUUCAAUCCCUUGUUUCUCCAGUUGAAAGGAUCAGGUAGCAGGUGAAGGUUAAAACCCUUCUCUGUACAAAAUACUGGAGCUGGAAAAGAGUGGAUGACACUGAGCUAGAUGGACCCAGUGCCUGACUUGUAUCUUCCCCUGACAAUUGUAGCCAUGACUCCUCCCCACCCCUUUCCUAAUGACAUUUGCAAGUGCUGGUCUGUGUGGCUUGCUGGUAACAAGAUGACCUGCCCCUUCUCUUGCUGACCUUAUGUAUCACACUUGUACUGUAGUAUGCACCUGACGACUACAAUGGCCUUAUUCAGAUCAACGACCAAGCAAGGAGUGUGUUACAAGCACCGAAAGACUGGGUUUGUUUGUAAGUGUUUGUAACCUCCAGUGAAGGUAAGCUCAGAUUGGCAGAAGGUGGAGCCUUUUGGUGGUGAUUGGAAAAAGGGCAAAGUGAUCGGCUGGGAGUGGUGGGAAAUUGGUUUUUUUCCUCCUUGCAUCCUCCCUUCCUAGCUUGUGGUGGGGACUCUGCUCACUAACAUUCCCUUGCUUCGGCGCCUGGCAUGAAUCAACUAACCUAAUGGUGGCAGCGAUGCUGGAGACCUCUGGAGGAGAAAGGGAAUGCUGGCAAUUAUUCUGCUUGGCAUUCUCUCUCCACUCCGUAAGGGUUCUCUUGUUUUAAGCUAACAUGAUCAUAUUGAAUGUUUUCUGGCAUAUAUGCAUGUAACAGGAUCUUUCUGCUGUUGGAUGUAAGGCAAUGAAGGCAAAAUGUAGUCACUUGGGGCACUGAAGGGCAAGUUUCAAUGGUCAUGACCAGUUCUUCCAAUUUACCAUGCUUUGUGGUUAUAUGUAGAGCAGGAGAAGGGGGCACCUGUGACCCUCUGGUUGUCACUAGACUCCGGCUCCCAUCAUCCAAGACCACUGGCUGUGUGGGCUGGUGCUGAUGGGAGUUAAAGUCCUGCAACAUAUGGAGGGCAACAAGUUCCCCACACGCUUGUCCGAAGCACACAGCGUUGAUCUCUCUUCCCUCUUCUAAAAUGCUGAGACUGCAUCAUUCCAAGGGAAUAAGGAAGCACCAAGUUCCUUUGAUGAUGCAGCCAGUACUACAGCUGGCAGGUGUGAGGCCAAUCCUCAGGGGAAGUGCUGGGUGCCUGGGAGGCAGUAUUACUAGGUUGCAUUAUUGACAACUUUGGAAGGAAGAUGCCAGCCCUUUGUUCUGGGAGCUCAUUUUGAGAAAACACAUACUGGUUUAAGUCUGCCUCCAAUUUACACAUGAACACACACAUACUGAGCUAAGGGAACUCAUAUGAACGAUGCAUGUAACUGCAAAAAAACCAACCCUGGGUAUUUUCUUCAUUUCCCCCCAAUAUGCUGCCUGCCUGUGCAAGGAGAUAGAUCUUUCACCCCUGUAUGGGGGAAUAUUUUGUCAUGAGAAUCUCCAAAGCAGCAUGUGAGCACUAAAGCCCCAACACAAUUUGACCUACCCCAGUGGGAACUAGUCCAAAGAAGCACACAGGAAAUCUGUUGAUAAGGAUUAACAUUAACUGGUAUAUGCUUUACAUAUAGUUUGAGUUUCAUUUGGCAUCACUCUCCUCCAGAAAGACUGUGUUGCCUGAAACACCUGGGGAUUUUUAAUGCUGCAGAUGUCAUUUUAUCACCUUAUUGCUGAGGAGCACAUCCUCCAGCCAACCAUGUGCAUUACACCUCCUGUUCAGAUCCCGCAGACAUAAUAUGGCAACCAGUGUGGGUUGUGGCCUCUGCUAAAUGUGAGGGUUCUGGGACUGGAUAACACACAUGUAUCAGAUUUCAUUCUCCAGUAACAUCAAGUAACCACUUGUGUGGACAAACCCAUAUUUUGCUACUGUAUUGUUCAAACUCGUAGGUAUGAGCCUGUGUGUCAAAUCUCAAUGUAGGCAUUUGUUUGCUUGUUUUAAGUUGACCUUGUUGAGUGUGUGUACAUGUGCUAAAGAAAGAUGUGAUGUCCAGGCCAGAACGUCAGGCUAGUGUUAAUUAACAUACCUGAGCACCAUCAUUGUAGGACUAUAUCCAUCUUUUUUCUUUUUCUCCUCUCCAAUUUAAUGGUGGUCUACCUUCGGUGGUGCCUUUCCACACUGACUAAUUUUGCCAAGUAACUGUGCACAUUUUAGGAUAUGUGCUCAGGGGGAGCAUGUGGCUCUCCUGAUGUAGCUGGAUUCUAGCUCUUAUAAUCCCUGGCUGUGAUUCAUGCUAGCUGGGGAUAAUGGGAGUUGUUGUCCAGCACCACCUGAAGUCCCCCACCCCUGUUGCAGAGCCCUGAGGCAUGUUUUAGAAUGCACAGAUAGCCCACAAGUAGGUAGGCCUAUUUUGAAGCACGUCAUCUAGAACUCUCCUACAUCUGCAUAUGGCAAGAGGAAGCUCAGUAAUGUGGCCAGGAUGCUUUUCAGGGAAAUGUGUUUACCAUAACCAACCUUCCCAUUAAGUAGCUUUUAGUAAGCUUCAAUAUAUGUACAUACACACACACGUGCACACACCAGGGUUCCCUGGAACAUACUUUGAAAAUCUCUACAACCAUGUCCUAGCCCUUUGCUUUAGGACACUGUGGUUGUAUUCAAUUAAGCCCUAACGCAGAGCAAAUUAGAGUAUUGCUGUAACCUAUUGUAGUUAGACAUGCUCAUUAGUUUCAAUGAGUCUACUCUGAGUAUGACUGCUGUUGAAUACCACCCGGGUAUUUCAAUCCAAGCUCAGUCUUGGGCACUGAAAAGACUGAAACUAAUGGGCAGGAGCAACUACUCAUUAGAGAUGGGGCUUUCUUCCUCUCCCUUUCCCUCCCUCCCCAGCUUCAGGUUCUGCCUUCUCUGGACUAGGAAGGGCCUGUGUUUCAUGGCUAAGGACUGUGUGGUACUUUGUACAUGAGAACUCUUGCUGGAGUUAUCAGCACUGACAGUGGGUUCAAAGGAAAGCCUUUCUCCAGGAGAGCUGGUGGGAUGGUUCCUUCCUAGCACCCCAGGUUCCCCCUCUGUUUUUGUGUGCAUAAUAGUUAUUUCUCUUGAGGUAUUAUCUCUUGACACCUGGCACAUUCAUGUGUGUCUGCCCAUGCACAUUUUAAUCUUUUACUGAUUAGUUUCACAUAAGGAAGGUCAGGAAAUCUUCUGGAGAAAGCCACUCAUGAUAAAGAGAAUAGGCAUUUAAUCUCAGAUUGAAGUCCUAGGUUCUGGCCACUGUGCAUUUCAGGUGGGUCUUCUCGCCUCAAGGAUAUUGUAGAGUUGGAAAAGGUUCAGAAAAGGGCAACCAGAAUUAUCAGUGGGAUGGAACAACUCCUCUGUGAGCAUUUGGACCUUUUGAGUAUAGAGAAAAAGGGUAAGAGGAUACAUGGAGAAAGUGGGUGGAGGAAGGUUUUUCUCCCACAUAACAUUAGAACUCAUGGAAAAUUCAGGGCAGACAAACAGAAGUAUUUAAUCCAGACUGCACAUAGUGAAACUAUGAAAUUCAUUGCCACUGGAUGCAGUGAUGGCCACCAACUUGGAUGGCUUUAAAAGAGGAUUAGCCACAUUCAUGCAGGAUAAGGCACUGUUCUGCCUCCACUGUCAGAGGCAUCGUGCCUCUGAAUACCAGUUACUGGGAAUCACAAGUGUGCCAGAGUGCUGUUGAGCUCAUGUCCAGCUUGCAGUUGUCCCAUGGACAUCUGUGAGGACAGGGUGUUGGACUAGAUGAGCCACUGCCCUGAAAAGCAGAGGCCUACUACCAGUGAGCACUGUAUUAUCCCAUAUGAAAAAGGAUUUACUGCCCUUCAUGAGCAUAACAUCAGGUUGGUCUCUAGCUGUUUUUCAGCUGCAACCAGCAUGGUUUAUGGUCAGGGAUGAUGGAGCUGUAGCCCAGCAGCAGCUGGAGAGCCACAGGCUCACAAUCCCUGGACAAGGCAGUCUGACUUAGCAUAAAUCAUAUUGGGGAAGGGCUGUAACUCAGCAGCAGAGCAUUUGCUCUGCAUACAGAAGGUCCCAGGUUCCACUCCCAACAUUUCUAGGUGGAGCUGUGAAAGACCUUGGCCUGAAAUCCCAGGGAAUGGCUUCCAGGCAUUGUAGACGAUACAAAAUGGUCUGACUCUGUAUAAGGCAGCUUCCUAGGUUUCUCUGUUCUGUUCUUGAGAAUAGCAUCGGUACAGCCACUCGUUUCCCAUUGACUGCUCUCCUCUUCUUCCCCAAUGGAGUCCAGUCACAAUUGCCAAGAUGUCAGUGUGGUGUAGUGGUUAAGAGCAGUAGACUCGUAAUCUGGUGAACCGGGUUUGCGUCUCCACUCCUCCACAUGCAGCUGCUGGGUGACCUUGGGCUUGUCACACUUCUUUGAAGUCUCUCAGCCCCACUCACCUCACAGAGUGUUUGUUGUGGGGGAGGAAGGGAAAGGAGAAUGUUAGCUGCUUUGAGACUCCUUCGGGUAGUGAUAAAGUGGGAUAUCAAAUCCAAACACUUCUUCUAUAAUCCCCAGGAGCUGUGACAACUGCUUUCGGUGAGGGUUGGGGUUGCAAGGUGCUGUGUUGGAACUUGGCUCUCCAGGGGUGGUCCUUCUCUCUCCUCCUCCCCUCCUCAACCUCUUAGGGUCCAAGCCUUCCUGCUCUGACCCUUCUGCUCCAUCCUUGCAGCUCCAUGGAGACUCCAUCCUCCUGCUUUACAACUUCAGUGGUCAGCCCAGCGGAGAAGCCCUGGUCACUUUCCCCAGCCUGGACUCAGCAAAGAAAGCCGUGGCCGAGAGAAGUGGAUGCCACUUGGGAAGACACUGUGUGGAACUCUGCCUGAUCUAACUGAGGCUGGACCUUCUGUGGGGUGGGCAAGAGUGAGGACAAUCCCUGCUCAAAAUUCACCCCUUUCUUUAAAAACACCGUCUUCCCUCACUCAAAACUGCCUUCUCCUCCUGAUGUGCCUGGGAAACAAUCCUCGCAAGUGUCUUCAACUGAGUGGGACAGAAAUACACCUCCCUCCCCCCCCAAAAAAAAUAGUGCUAAGAUGUUUGAUUUCAGCAGCGUUGCCAUGAAAAUCCCCCACCCCCCACUUAAUUUGGAGAUAAAUCUGUAGCACUUCACCAGUUGUAACCACAACAGAUGUAUUUUUAAUUUAACUUUAUUUCUGUGUAUCAGUUUGGAGAGGAAACUGAAGCCUGUAGAAUUCUUCAAAUUUUCAUUUCAUUUUGAAUCCAAACUUGCCAAAAGUUUUGUUGUUGUUGCUGUUGCUGUUGUUGGCGGCAGGGAGGGGUGGGGGUUGCCCUUGCCUUGAAAGUUGGCUAGUGGAAGCCUGUUUUCCUGAAAUGUGGCUGGGCAAAAAACAACUUCUUUGUUUGAAUGUUUUAUUGUUCCUUUUACUCCACUAGAGAAUAACUUGGAAAGCUGCAUCCAAAUGAAAUUGCAGAAAAAGCUUUUUAGUUUCUUUUUUUAAAAAAUAAAAGUGAAAUGUAUCAUUUUGUUGGGUAUGACACAAAUAAGUAAAUGAAAUAAAGCCAUAUCUGUCUCCUAACAUUCAAGCUGCCAACCUGUAAACCAAACGAAGAAAGAUCCAGAACUUCAAAGAAUUUCACUAGGACAAGAAUGGCACAUAAACAUUGAGGACUAGUAAAUUAUAUUUUGUUUUAUUUAAGCAUCAUAGCUCUCAGAUAUUGUAUAAAGCAUAUUUUGCUUUAGUUUAUGUGCAUGCCAUUUGUUUACAACAUUAUUCUUUAUUUGUAUAUUAUGAAGCAACCAGAGAAGUUGAAAUCUCACCCUAAUUAGUGCAUGACUCUUUUUUUAUGUGAGUAUGUAUAUAUGUGUUCAAAGAAUAUAGUUUUAUGUUGCGUAGUGUGUGCUGAAACAUCUACUGUAGAAGCACUAAAUGAUUUUGUUUUUACCGUGCCUUGAUCCAGGACUUUUCUCAAAAUGUGCAAUAACAGCAGAAGAAACCAGAAGGAGCCCAUUUUUGCAAGAGGCUCUUAGGUACCUGAGUAUGCAGUCUAGUCUUACUUUCUUUUUGCUAAGAGCAUACGACUUGGAGUAGUACUUAAAGGAGAGAAUCAGCCUCUCCCUCCCAUGUCAGAUGAUGGUGUAUGCUUCUUUAUAUAAUAAACAAAUAAAAAGAUGCUUGCAGGAAAAAACAACAACCCUG